AUGGCACCUGUGCUCCAAAUGAUCGCUGUCAUCUUUACAGCAGCACUCCUGCCAGGUCCCACAUCGGCCUAUAUCGAUGACAUGUAAGUUAAACAAGAAUUAGUCUACAAAUUUCAUUCAUAAUGUUUAUCACCUGCUGCCAAAUCGCAUGCCAAAUGUUGCAAAACAAGAGGCUGCAUGUAGCGAAGCUUGUAAAAGUUGCAUGAAAAGUUGUUGUAAUUAGGGGAAUAGUAGGUGAGUCGGAGUGACAAGUGAAAGCAAAGAGUUUUAAAAUACCAAUGCAGGUAAUUAGCAAAAUGCUAAAAUAAUGUCCCCCAUAACGAGUUCAGCUGAUAUUGUGCUGACCAUUAGUCUUUGUAUAGGGCUAGACAAUAUUGAAAAAAAAGAACUCUUAUUGUGUUUAGUUUAGUCACUGUCAGGGUGUUAAACCGCAGUUUAGAGUCCUGUGAUAUUCCGCUGUCCUGUUAACUAAAUAGUCUGUGCAAAGUGUCUACAGUGUUAACAGAUGAACAACACCCUCUUCUGGUCUGUUUAAUUCAGCAGCUUGUGUGCAUAUUAUAUUCUACUGUGUUUGAGUAAGAGGCUCCAGCAAAGUGAUAGAUGUCAGUGGUAAUUAAUCACGAUCAUCGAGGAGGUGGUGACAGUAUGAACAUGUUUCAGGUCAUAUGUCUGACAGUCGCAAAAAACUAAAAUGCAAGGUUUUGGAGUUUGCACAGACAGGUGGUAGAAAUCUUGGCUACUUUGAAGAUUCUGCUUAAUCUAAUAAUGAAAAAGAUAUUUCAGAAAAGAAGCUGAGUCAGUACUUCAGCUGACCAUAGUCUUUGUUUCUCCUGCAGCCUUUAUGCAGUGACGCUGAGCUCCGAACUGAUUGGAGGAGAUCAGGAGACCCUGUGCGUGCAGGUCUACAUCCCCAUGGAAAUCCCCUGUCCGGUCUCUCUGACAGUCACCCUCGAAAUACCAGAUCAAAAAUGUAAACUUGUUAUCGUGGAAGAGGGGAUAUACCAUUCAUUCCACCGCUGCUAUGACUUCCAGGUCUGACUCAACAUAUUUGUGUGUGGUUUGGGGAUUUUUGAUUUUUUGCUUCAUAAGAUCAGUGUUGUGUAUUAGUUAAAGCUCCUCUGAGAAGUUUUUAUGUCUUAACUUACCUGUUAAUUGGCAGGUGGCUAAAUACCAAAGUUAGCCGACUACCGAUGUUAAAUAAUGGGCCGUCAAAUGUUUGUUUUUUUAUAUUUAAAACGUGGCCAAGAGAGUGGUAAUGUGACCAAGACUAUGUUUGUCAGAUUAUUAAGGUUUAAACAACUUACUACCUGAAACUCUUUAAUUAUACAUGAUAACUGUAUAAAACCCUUAUGUCCUGUUAAAUGGGGCUGUCCUGGUCCAAAGUAAUGACUCCCCCACCCCUGACAGCAAUGCAUUUUCUGGUAUUUCAGGUUCCUACAGUGACAUCUAAAACUGUGGCAAUCGUCAAUGUUGUUAUCGAAGGUGAGGGAAAGUCACUGAACAAGAAAACCAAAGUCCAUAUUUCGCCUCCUGCUUUCAUUCACCUCGUCAGAACAAAUCAACCCAUCUACAAACCUGGACAGAACGGUGAGUUUUGGACAUUGUCGCAUCAUGACUCUUGGUUCAUUUGGAGGAUAUUUCAGGUUUUUAAAGUGUCUCAUGCUCUGUGGCAGAAAAGCUGCAGAUACAGUCUCCAAACAUCCCUGCCUUAUUACCAAUUCUGCUGCACAAGCAUUAUUUUGGACUACAUUAUAACAUCUGAGAACUGCAGAGCCGAGAUUUGACAACUGUAGGAAUUAUGUAGAAACUCGGCACAGAGCUAAAUGCUGACUCAGAGAAUUCCCGGAGGUGAUUGUGUGCAAUGAAAUAUGACAAUAAUAUAGAGAGUGGUUGGUGUGCACAAAAAUAAUUGGCAUCAAUGGACGUUUAUGAUGGCAAGGACUUAAAGAAUAAGCCGUCCUGCAUCACAGUAGGCUUAAGUUCUCCAUGGCUGCUGUAGCUUCUGAGUGUUAAUCGAGGGAGUGUUUCAGUCUGAUUUGGCCGCCAUGUAUCUCUGAAUAUAUCCAAUGUCCAUGCAGUGUACCUUUAAUAUCACUUCAGAUUGAUAAAAGAGAGAUCUGGAUUUGAACCCUUGUUUUGGUUACACUUAGAAAUUACAGGCCUAUUUGUAGAGCUUAACCGCUGGUUGAAUUUUUACAGUGAAGUUUUCAGUUCUUUGGAGAUUGAAUUGUGAAGCCAACCCUGAGACGUCAAACCAGAGUCAGCUCCCAUUAAACCCCAAAUUAUUACACAUCUUUUUUUGGACCUGUUUAAAAACCUUUCAUGGAACUUCCCAGAAAAAAAUCCAACACCAAAAUAUUAAAGCUAAAGUUGACUGAAAAAAAUAGAAUUCACAUGAAUGUGAUAAAAGAUGAUGAGGAUUGCCUCUGUCGUGAUGGUGCACCUUGUUCUCUGCUGGCACUAUGUAAAAAGUAUACUGAGGAUUUAAUUCAGUUGAUUUGCAGCAUUACUGGAUCAUGAACUUCCAGGUAUUAUGAACAUAGACUGUAUGAUUAUGAACAACUGUCUGUGUGUUACAUCUGGAGGAUGAGCUGAUGUUUUUUGUUUUUCUUCCUCCUUUAAAGUCCAUUUUCGUGUCCUGUCCUUGGACAGCAAUUUCAUCCCUGUGAAGCGAAAGGUACGUCAUAUCUGGGAUUUUUCCUAAAUCCAGCUGUUGGAUGCAAACAGUGAACUUGUGGUCUGGCGUGCUUUUCAAGUAAGCCAUCAGUGAACCGGUGGCACUGGGUCUAUUUUAGUUCUUAGAGUGGGAGGAGAGACUGGAGAUGUUAAGUCAGUGUAGGUGUGAAACUCUGUGUGGAGUUGAGUGAUAAACAGGCUGUCAGAGUUCAUUGGGCUUAUACUGUGUGUUGACCCAAACAGUUGAAUCAAAACAGGCUUAGGCUCUGUUGGUGUUGAAAUGCUGAUUUAAUCACAAAUUUUAUGUGUUUUAUUUUUAUUAGUGUUUUAUUUUGAAGUAUAUUACUUCGGGUAAGUUACAGAGCUGAAUAAAAACAGUUAAUUAACAGUUGGAAAUUAUAAAUGUUUAAUUAAUUUAUAGCCUUAAUAGUGUACAUGCUUUUUACAUGUGGGUUGACAUUUACAUUUAGCUCCUAUGAAUAAAAGUGAAGGUAAAUGGUUAUUUACCACUACUUCUAUCUGAAAUCUGAAACGUGUCAAAUUUUACUGAAUUUGUCUCUCGCAUCAAAUUACGUCCAAUUUGGUAUUUAGGGCUCUGUGAGAAAAGAAAUUGUCUUUAAGGUAAAAUGUUAAGGUCUUUCAGGUUAAAACUAUCUUCUCCUUUGAAUAAACCUUGUCAAAAUUUGAGUGGUGAUUGAAAUAUAACAUGGGUUUAUUAUGUGUCGUUUGUGCAAAAUCUUUGUUUUCUUAAAACAUUCUCACUUUUGUUUUUCUUCUCUUUUUUUUUCAGUACGAAUUGGUGGAGCUCCUGGUAAGAUUCAUCUACAGGUUUUCAGAGAGUCUAGAUUUGUCUUUAUUUUGGGAGAAGUCACUAUUCCAGUCAAAAACAGUUUAUCUAGAUUGAAUUGAUUAGGGAGACUUGCCAGGACGUACUAAAAAAAGGAUGAUUUUUUGGCAGAAUUUAUUCAUUUCCGCGUUUCCUAGCAGCACAUCUGUGCCUUUCUUUUUAGUAAUCAGAGCUUCAUGCUGUUUAUCUGCUGUUACUUUUGAUUUCAACUUACAAUCCUCCUUUUUUCCACGAAGGAUUCCAAUUCAAACCGCAUUGCCCAGUGGUUGGAUCUGUACAAUGAUGCUGGCAUCCUUGACUUUUCUCAUGGCAUUAUUCCCGAGGCAGAGGAAGGAACCUAUGUGAUCAACGUCAACACGGACAAUGGAGAAAAAAUAAGCCAUUCAUUUAAAGUUGAGAAAUUUGGUAAAUAUAAUCAUCUGCAAAACUAAUGAUGUUUUAUAUUAGUGUUUAUUUUCAGCAGUUAAACUUUUCAUUCCUUCUUUUUUGCCUUACAGUUUUGCCAAAGUAUGAGGUUAAAGUUCACCUGCCUCCUGGGGUUUCCAUCUUUGAUAAAGAGAUGGUAGUCAAGAUUUGUGGAAAGUGAGUGGCCGAACCAAAAAAUAUGGAUCUUUUUAAAUGUAAAAAUGUGGCUUUUUAAUUCAAACUUGUAAACAGUACAUGUUUCUGCAGUGGCUGCUCUGUCCAGAGAAAGACCACUAAUUUGAACCUGGUUUUAUUAACUUAUGUACUUAAUUUUUUUUGCUGUAAGGAUAAACAUUUAGUUUGUUAGUCAGGUGAGGCUUUAAUCAGUGAGUCUGACAGUCAGCAGGUUUGGUGUCAGUGGAUUGAGCAGUGUCAUGUGACAGUGACUUAAAGAUCUGAACUUGAAUGGUAAUUGUCCUCAAGAUCAAUCAUCACUCUGACUUUCUUAAGUCUUCAGGCUCUAUUUUCGUGCCUCGCCGGAGACGUGCCGCAGGCGUGGUAUAAGUCAGACAAGGCGUUCCCAAGCACAAUUUGGUAUUUUGGUGAGCGGCGUAGCCUGGCGUAAGUAUCCCCCCUCCCUAACUCAGCUCCUCCCAGCGGCAUAACUCGUAGGGAGGAAGGAGAGAGGGCGUGGAAUGGGUUUAACACAGCCGAGACCUGUAUUGACCAAUAACAGCUCCUCUUCUCGCCUUUAAAUCCGCCACCGUCAAGGCGCAUUAUAAUUUUCGUGAGGUAGUCAAAGAGAUCAAGAGAUGUAUGAAGACAGCAAUGCCACACGAUGGCGACAGAAGGCAGCCCCUCAACAAGUGUCACAGUAAGCGCUGCAUUGGGCGUCCUCCACACUCUCUAAUAUGAGCACAGAUGGAUCUGGUGUGUGUAAUGUUGGACCCACUGGUAAGACAAACACCCUUUUCCACGAAUAAAGACACUCGCAUAAAGUUGCUCAUAUUCAAACCUCACGUGAAAAAGGUGGGUUGUGUGCACAGAUCACAACAUAAACUCCAAAAAUGGCAUUAAAAUCGGAACCAUCUGUGCGUAAAUGACGCAUCGCGCUACGUGGCCUGGCGCUUUCUUUCAUAGAUGUUGGCAUAUAAAAUAAAUUUGGCCCACAAAACUGAAUAUUAUAAUAUUCGUAUGUCGGUUUAAAGUAAAUAACUCAUCUGAUCACUGAAACAAAUCAUCUGUUCAGCCGCUGCAGCAAGACGAGGAGAGGACACAGAGACAUGUCCACGUCGAGCUGCGUGAGAAAUAAGAGGAAGAGGAAGAAAGAAAAGGAGGGAGACGAAUUAUAUAUCUUGUUCACUUCAUCAUGUGUUUAUUUACUAGAUAUUUAAUUUAAUUUAAUGCAGUUUCAGCUGUGUUGGUUCGGUCAGGUUGUGUGUCCAAACGCGUGCCUACGCUCAUCAGAUCAGAUAUAGAUCAGAAUAUAGAUCUAAAUGUAUGUGCUGACUCAGAUUAUUAGUUGUUGAUGAUUAUUUAUUGCACUGAAAUGUGCCUGACACUGUGGAAACCUGCCAGUGAGGCAUCGGUGACGUAUGUCGAUACACCGCCAGUCUGCCAAAAUACCACUAGACCAGCUGCACUCCGCCUGCGCUGAAAGCUUUAUACCUCACGAAAAUGUCACUGCGUCUGCUGAUUCUAUCGACACCUCCCUCUACCACGCCCAGCUUGGCGGACCUCAGUGCGCCUCAGUCCACGAAAAUACCAAACUGGCUGUAUGCCAGGCUCCGCCAGAUGAAAAUACCACUGCGCGGGGUCCGCGACCCUCCGCUGCCUCACCGGUGUACACGAAAAAAGAGCCCUUCAUGUUUCUGACAGAUACACCUAUGGAAAACCAGUUAUUGCUUCAGUCAAGGCAGAAAUCUGUAGAAGAGGAUAUCGAAGAUGGUGGAUUCCAGUCCAUGAAGACACAAAAGAUUGCAAGACUUAUAUCUUGAAAGUGAGGGUUUUGGUUUAAAUCAAAAAUAAAUGCAAAUUCUUGUAAUCAUGUCUUUUUGUGUGAAAUUGACUUUUGUAAUUUUCUUCCAGACAGAUUCGAGCGGCUGUGCUACACAGGUUGUAAAACUGAAAGAGUUUUUCUUCGUUGAGCACAUGUAUACACAGUACUUUGAAGUGACUGCUGAAAUGACGGAGUCCGCCACAGGUAGACUGACUAAUUUCUGAAUAAUGUUAUUAAGUUAUCAGCACCCACAGAAACAAACACACAGAGGCAGCUUACAGAUGUGUACGAUCUGCUGCCAUCAUCCCGGAAAGAGGUUCUCCUGUUGCUGAUCAAAACAUGCUAAUUUAAAAUUGUACACAGUUUAAUUAGUUAUGAGUACUUGACUUGAGCCUGGACCUCCAUAGACUUUCAUACAUCAUAUUGUAUCAUAUUCGUUCAUAUUGCUCCUGUGAACAUGGGGCUAACACAGCAUCUAUGUGAAUGUUUUGGCAUCUUUAACUCAGCUGUGACUGUGUUCGCUGCCAUCUAGGGGUCACUCUGACUGGAAGUGGGCAAACAUCAGUUUACAGUGUUUACAGAUCGAUCAUCUUUAUGGAUUUAGCUCCAGCUUACAAGCCUGGCCUCACAUUUGAUGGAAAGGUAAUUAGAAAUCAUGCAUCUUUAUAGUACAGCCAUGGGCAGUGAGCAGUGUCUGAAAAGCAGUUUUGAGAUAGUAAACCAGGGACAUUGUCUUAUCCAAUAAAUUCAAUCACCUUCUACUUCAGGUCCUUUCACACUGAGACCGUUUUUGUCGUGUGAUUAUUUCCGACAUCAAUAUUUUUUUUCAAACCUGUAUCCUGUCAAUACAUGCGUUCACAUCAGCGAUGUUUUCCCAUUCUGAGGUAUUGCGGCAUUUAUUUUUUCGGAUCAUGGUCAAUUUUUCUAAAGUUUUGCAUACUGUGUGUCCACUUCUGACCAAUCAGAUUGCGUGUUGUUGCGAUGGUGUCUGAUUCACCAGUAUAUCCAACAUGGCCGACCGGCUGAUUGUUUAUGCUCGUUUACAUAAACAUUACAAAGCUAACGACCUCAAGGACAACUUGUGGAGAGUCAUAGCGUUGGAUUUGUCAUAUGACGAUGGUUUGUGUGCUGAAACAGUUUGCCAAACGUCUUUGUUUUAACUGUCAUCUGUGCUAACGUAAGCUAACGGUUGUUACCAUAGUUUCGUGUGCUUAUCUGGUACAUGCUUUCAUGAGAGAAAGCCAUCUCAACACAAGUUUCUAGUCCUCUGCCUCUUCAUUCUUGGAGCUAAUUGUUUCAGCAGGACUUCAAAUUGCCCACUGGAUAUCCAAAAAUAGGUUCUGAAGCUACUGUAGUACAGUUUCAGCUCCUGAACCAAGCAGUGAAACUCACCAAGUUCUCUUCUUUUUUGUAAUACUGGAUGCACCCAUGUGCUACGUUUCUUUUCUUUUGAGAAAGCAAAAGGAGUACAAAUUUGCCAUCACUUGAAGUUGAAGUAGACUCCAUUUUUGUCUUCUCACCUCUACCUGGGACGCUGGUUGUUAAGGGAAGGUCCCACCCUACUUCACCUCUGAUUGGCUAAUGCUUACCGUUUGGCUUGAGUGUGUGAUGACAUUUCCAGCUUUUCUAGCCAAUCAGAGGCGAAGGAGGCGGGACUUACCCCUGGAAAAGUCAUACCCGGGAUGUGUCUUUUUCCCGCAAAAUCACAUCAGGCUUGAUGCGUAUAGUCAGGCGCAUCAAAAUUCACCUCUGAAUAUUUCGUGAUUUUGCGUUCUAUAUUCGUGUCGGCCUCAGUGUGUAAGGACCUUUUCACCUUCUGUAGGAUAUUGAUCAUUCCUUUAAAGUCCAGAGUUUACUUUGACAAGGAAAUCUUUCCCUCUUUACAUUACCCAUAUUGAAUCCCGCACUUCAGAUCAGGAUCAGGAUGUCUCUACUUUCAGCAUUAGUUUUCUUUAUUUAUCCUGUCCAAUUAAUUUACAACUGGUUUUCUAGCUACGAGCUAAAGCAUUUUUGGUCAGCAAAAGCAAAUAUCACACAAACAUGAACUUUCAUUCCCAUUUCAAAGGACUGUUGUGGAUUGGUUUUUGCAUUCUGGAUUGUUUGCAGGUCAAAGUAACUGGUCUAGCCAGCAAACCUGUCCCCAAUGAGAUGGUGGAUCUUUCUCUAAAUGACUCACCAAUCAAAACAAUCGAAACAGACUCAGACGGCAUUGCUAAGUUUUCACUGGACACAGCAAAUUGGGAGAAGACAGUGAAUCUAAAGGUUUGUCACAACUCAGUCGAAACCUUUGUGUGUCUGUGUCUGUUUUGAGAUAUUUUCUGCUCUGUUGAUCUGUGAACAAACUGACCUAGAUCAGGAUUAGAUCCUGAUAAAUCAAAGUUCUUUGGAUAACACUUUGCUUGUUGAAUCUGCAGGCUAAGGCCAGAGUGAAAGAGGGGUUUUUCGAGCCUUUGCCUUCUUAUCUCAGACCAGCCCUCAAUACAGCCUACGGACGAGUCUUGGAAUUUUACUCAGAGUCCAAAAGCUUUUUGAAGCUCCUGCCGCCUGAUGAGCCAUUUCCCUGUGACAAAGUCGCAACUGUGCGUGCCGAGUACAUCAUUCAGGGGAAGUCUUUAAAGCAGGGGCAGAAGAAACUCAAGAUCUACUAUCUGGUAAGAUUCAUUAGGAUCAUAUUAAGCAAUGAGGCAAAACACAGAUGCCUGUUUGUAUUUCUAAUAACAUAACCAAAUGGCUCCCAGUGUAAGGGUUGCUGUCUUUUAAUUGUCUGUUACCUUUUUGUGUUUCAGUAGACAGGUGUCAAUGAUACUGAACGUAUUUAAAAAUCGAUCCAAACAUACCUUUUGCUUUGUCCUUUUGCUUUUGGCUGACUCUCUGGUUUAUGAUUUUGCGAAAAGGUGAUCCUCAGUGUGUUAUUUAACAGUCACUACGUGAAAGACCUCAGAAAACCAAAACUUUUUUUUGCACAAGGGCUUCUGACAGUGCUGUGCUUUUUAUUAGGUGAUGUCCAAAGGGGAAUUUAAGCAGCAAGGCGAAGUCACAGUGAAAGUUAACAAAAAAAAAGGUAAGAAAUGUUACAACAACUGUGGUAACAAAAGCUAAUUCAAUCUCCUGCAAUCCCUCUGGGUCAAAAGUCUCAAACUUCAGAACUCAGGGCCAGUUCAGCCCUCUCCAAAUCUCUUGGGCCUUCCUCUGAUGCCAAAGAUAUAGUGCAAUCUGACCCGCAGUAUUUUCUUUUACUUAAAUUAUUUGGUUUUAUUAGUAUUCUAUCUUCUCUUGUAUCUAUCAUAUCAUUCUCGGGAUCAUUACCAAUAUUUAUGCCCAGAUGUGAGGGCUGGUAAGUUCAACACAGCUACCCUGUCAUUGUGAUAGUCUGGUCCAGUGCCUUUAUUACUGCUGACACAGCACAAAUCCACCUGUCAAUCUCAAUUCAUUUUACCUUCACUUGGGAUAAAAGCUCCAUUUCCACCUACAGAGUUUAAUCCACCUGAAGCUUUUUUUAAUAUUGUUUUUGAGAGGGUGUACAAACCCAAUCACCUUGGCCCCUUUGUUUCAGUUAAACUCAAUUAACGAUUGGCUAACCCAUGUUCAAAAGUAGCUGCUGUUGUUUUGAUUUAAUUUCUUCAAAAUGCAAAAGUGUAUUUUGAUGUCAAAGGCAUUGUUUUUUAACUGUUUCUUCAUGAUUGUCUUUUUCUUCUCUAUCUUGUGUUUUAUGCCUCAGGGAAGAAAGGAGAGUUUUCCAUAAAAAUUCGUGAUGUUGUAGACCUGGGACCAUAUGCCCAGGUGGUAAUUUACGCCGUGCUGCGAAAUGGAGAGAUUGUGGCUGACAGCAUGAACUUCCCUGUCCAGCUCUGCUUCAAAAACAAGGUAACCACUUAAAGGUGGGGUAGGCAGGAAUCUGUAAAAGAAGCAUCUUUUUUUAUGGCGUACAUACAAAAAAGCUUUUAAUAUCAGUCAGUAGCUAUUAGUUAUUGAUGACAUUUGGGAAUAUCACGAUAUCGCUUUGUUCUGUUUUGCCUGUGUAGUCAACAUUUUAACAUUUUUGAGCGGUCCAUACUUUAUGACUGUAAACAAAGCUGUUCCCCACCUCCCCCAGCCUGAUUGGUUGUGAGGUGGACGCUGCUCCUUAGUGCUGAGUGGUUGUGAGGCAGACGCUGCUUUCUCAUGAUGUGAGGCACGCUCCAUGAAUAAUGUUCACGAGCCCAAAUAAAGGUUAGCGUGCUAAAAAAUCGGACAGUAGCGACCAACCAGAAAGUACAGAAAAUUUUCUGAAUCCUCCUUUGGCUACGACUGCCAACCCAAGCAAGAAAACAAACUAAAUACCAGAGACUCAUAACAGGUGCUUAAAAAGGAGGUAGACUAGACAAGAGCGAAAAAUCUGUGUCAACAUCAAUGAAGCAUAAACGAUGGGGGACACUUCGGGAUCUUGUGGACCCUGUAACCUUUCUGCUGGACAGGUAAACCGCUUUGACAAAGUAAGCCAAGUGUCUGUAACAGGGGUGUUUCUUGUAAACUGUUGACCUCGGGUCCUGGACUAUGUUACUUUAUCCUAGUUGUAGAAGUCCUGCAAACAUUGUGUUUGCUGGUAGUCUGUUGGCAUUUAAAGUAGCACUAAUGCUUUGUACUUUCACGUUGACUGGGCCCAUUUGUAAUUAUCUGAAGUAUUUUUCUGCAUUAUAUCUGAAUUUAAUUGGAACAAUACGAGAGAGCAGGAGUGUCUGUUUGUGGGCGGGACUUGCUGGAGCAGAGAGGGAAGGGAAAACUGGUAGGGAGGGGCAGUGUUUACAUUCAAGAUUUCUCCCAAAAACUGGCGCUUCCUCAGAUCCUGCCUACCCCACCUUUAAUAAUGACUCCUUAAACAUUAUCACAACAUGGAGACACAUGACUAGUUUAUAUCAGUCUGUAGAUAUCAAAACAUGGUUGAGGUAAACUUUGUUGAGCUCCACCUAUAGACUGUAUAAAGAAUGGACAGAGUCUACCUCCUCACUGGGUGAAGCCAUACCGAGAACAGCACCCUCUGCAGUAUAGGUCAUAAAUCCCGCCUCCGCCAGCAAAGUUUAUGGAACUGUGGACGAACUUUAGAAAUUUAUUACACAGAAUAUAAAUUUUUCUCCCCCCUGGUUGUGAUGUUGACAUGCAGUUAUUGUAAGACUGGUUUGUGCUCAAGUCCUCUUUUUUUCUGUGAAGCUCCAUUUUUAAAAGUUAUUAGGGGGUUCAGGUUGUCUUUGAUUGACACCUGAUACAGUUUAUGGGUCUUCAGGGAUUGCGUAGCUCUCCCGGGGAUAUGCUGUUUGAGCUGAGCGUCAUCACAGCGACUCUCGGCGACUGCGCACGCGAAUGCGUGCAUCGCUACUGUGCAGCGCUGAUUUCAGGAAAUGAAUAAAAGUACCGAGAGCUAUUUGGCUUCAAACCUGUAUACAGGCGGUAGGCAGAACCAAGUUGUCCAUAGUUUAUACAGUCUAUGGCUCCAACAAGUCGUCUCCUACACCUCAGGGUAGCCGCAAACAUUUAGAUCAGCUUGUACAAUUUUCCAGAUAAAUUCACCUUUACAGCUCUGUUCUUGACAUGCAUCAACAGGGGGACUGGACUUCAGAUCUUUCAGCUUUCCCAAAUAAGCCAGUGAAGGGUGUAGCAUGUUAAUUUCAUGUCUUUUCGGUGUAACUUGCUCUGCCUCUUCAUAUCAACUUUUCUCCCUCAUUGUGUCAAAUCAUGCUGCUGAAGCAAAUGACAGCAUACUGUGAAGAAAAUACACAUCAAAAAACAUUUAAGACAUCAAGUGAUGUGGCACUGGCAUAUCUAGUGGCAUCCUAGCUACCACCAGUGUGUCCGUUCCACAGGCAGAGCAUCACAUCUGAAAAUUUGACCCCUUUCAUUGUGAAGUUAAACAGUCAGCUCUGCUAGUACAAUCAAAUGUCUGGUGUUUUAGAUACGAUCUUACCAACUUUCUUCUUUCGUUUGUUAAAAUCAUGCUGACAGAGAUGAUGUUAAACUUUAAGGUACAUAAACAUAGUUAAAUGUUGAUUUAAUUGAAAAGACUUUUAAAUUGGAGACAAGUGAAGCGGCCAACAUUGCCCUUCCCAGUAUGAAGAGUUGCAGUUGCAUUUUUGUUGCAUUUUUGUUUAAAAUGAGCAAAGUAUUUAUGGUCUGACAUCCUCCCAUCACCUCUGAAAUGACCUGUAUGUCUCCUGUGCAGGUGUCCCUGAAGUUCUCCUCGACUCAGGAGCUUCCAGCAGAGAAGACCAAGCUCCAUCUAAAGGCUGCACCGGGCUCCCUGUGCUCCGUCAAAGCCAUUGACCUGAGUAUCCUCUUGCUGGAGAAAGAACAGGAUCUCACUGUGGACUAUGUAAGACCCUAAUCUUUGGCUACUUUGCCAAGAGGAAAUACCACUCUUUUAUACACUCUGGUCUAAGUUUUAUGGAAUAAAAUAUGAAUAGUUAAAAAAAUUAAGGAAAGUACUCUGAAUCUGGUUGUUUUUUCCUCUUUCAGGCUUAGAUUAUCAACCUUGGUGUGCAAAAGAAUAAGAAAAGAGUUUUUAAAAGGGUUGGGGAAAGGGAAAACCUUUUGAAAUACCUUGUGCUUGUGCUUGAGUUGAAGUCUUCCUGCUAAAAUAAUGAUGUACUUGUUUGUAUGUUUUUGUGCAGAUGUAUGGCCGACUGCCUGUGCAGAAGCUAACAGGAUACCACUAUAAGCUCGAGGACCAUGAGGAAAAUACCUGCUACUAUAGACCAGUGCCGUUUCCAAGGCCUUUACCUGAUCCUGAACCACUGCUUAUAAGAGAAGUUGGAGUUGAACCUGACCCUGAACCUGAACCUGAACGUGAACGUGAACGUGAACCUGAACGUGAACCUGAACCUGAACCUGAACCUGAACCUGGACCUGGACCUGAACCUGAACCUGAACCUGAACGUGUUAACCGAAGACGGCGCUCCAGCAGAAUCUUGCCCUAUAUGUUUUAUGAGAGGAACGAUGUUUACAGCGUCUUCAAGGUAUUGAUUUUUUAUUUAGCUUUAAAAAAUAGACUUCAUGGGAUAAAUGUGUACAUGUUGUGCAGUCAAGUGUACUUUAUACUGGUACUGUAUUGAUUAUUUUUUAUCAGAAAAACUAUAAAUCUCUGACUCUAAACUGACAGUACACAUUCCAUUCCACCUCUUUUUCCACAAAUCUUCAUCUUCAGGUUUCUCAUAUCUAACCUGACUAAUUAACACUUUUUGUUUUAUCCUCGAUACUGUCAUCGAUUAAAGCUGCCUCUAAAUAAUGUGAAUGAUAAGUUUAGGAGACCCAGAGGCCACAAUUUUACUUAAUUUCAAGGGAAAAUAGUGCAGGGAAACGAAACCUGAAGGAUGUGAAGCAAACAUGGAAAUUAAAGGAGAAAAUUCUGAUUUUUCCACCAGGAAAAGGUGUAUAACCUCAGCAUUUUUUGUAAUGUCUUACUUCUUACAAUCCAAAAAAAAUAAACUUCCUUAUAUGUCUGCAAACCUUAAAUAAAACAUCAAACAUUUCUGAUAGAAAUAGCCUGCUAACCAUCUACCUUCAAAAUGAAAGUCCUGCUUUAGAAAACACAAGCACUUGCUGCCCAAAUUCUUAGUCUAGCCCUCGACUCCACUGUGCGUGUGUUUAUCAUCACUGUAGGGUCAUAGCUGCCUUUAUUUCACAGUUUUUCUUUCUCUCUUGUCUAGGAAAUGGGAAUCAAAAUUGUGACCAACAUGAAUGUGCAUAAACCCUGCCCAAAAAACACCGCUCCAGUUCCCAUCAGUAUGUCUUCAUCAUGAUAUUUCUGCUCAAUGACCCAUGGAGCAAAUUAUACUUUCCUGAAAUCAUGGUUUUAUUUUUUAUCUUUGCCGUGUUUUUUUUUUUUUUUUAAAUUUAUUCUAUUAAAUUUCUUAUGUUAGAGCAAACACUUGAGGCCGAGAACAUCGUCCUGGCAGCAAGAGAUGAUGCAAUGGCCCCAGACGCAGAAGAAAAUCAAGCCGGAGGAGGGAAGAAGGAGACAGUCCGGAGCUACUUUCCUGAAACCUGGAUCUGGGACCUAGUUUCUGUGGGGUAAUAAUCUAAUGUUCUGUGUAUCAUGUACUUCUUGAUUUUUAUGUUUCUAUUUUUAAUGAUGCACAGUUUUGAACAAUAUGCAAGAGAAUCCCUCUUGCUGUUAUUACAUUUCUUUUUCAUAGCCGAGCACUGUUAAGCUUCCCCAUUUGCUAAGUGAACUGUAAUGGCAUAAAUCUUUCAUUUUAAAAUAGAAGUCGUUGAUUUAUCACCCUAGAUGAAUAACCUUUACUUGCAGAGAUUGGAGUUUUCAUAAUUUUUAACCUUUCUCAACUCUUCAUUAUCACAAUCAUGUCAGAGCUUCAUACAAUACAAUGCAAUAAUUUCAUUUAUCCCUAGAGGAUAAUUAAUUUGUCUGGAGUCUCAUAAAAUUAACAGUGUAAAUCCAGUCAGGUGAGAAAAUAGGGUGACAUGGUUGAGUGUCCACACUGAGCUUUCUCUAAAGGCCUUCAAUUUAUGUAAAAGUUGUGCUUUUUAUAUCUGACCCUUUCCUUGGUGUAAAAAAAGAAAAAAAUAGCUGCUUAAAUUCUCAUCCAUGUUCACCAAAUCCAAAGGUGAGGCUGUAACAAGUAAGACUUCUGCAUGUGUCAGAUGAAACAUCAGUCAUUGCCCACUUUUGGAUUAAUUACUCGUGACUUUUAAUCCUCUUCCUCAGAGCUCUUCAUGAUGCCAAAUCAUGCAGUAAUUGGUUGUAAAAAUCCCCAUAUAUCUUCUCAUAUAUCAGUGCAAAUGUCAUUCAAGUUUUCUCAGUGUACCAGUGCUGUUUUUCAUACAAUAUGAAGAUUCAACCUCAUGUUUUGUGACCUAUUGCUAUUUGGUUAAACAGAAGCGAUGGCUCCAUCAAAAUAAAGAAGAAGGUCCCUGAUACCAUCACUAAAUGGGUGGCUGGAGCUUUCUGUGUCUCCUCUGUGGGCUUUGGCGUGUCGCCCAACACUGAACUCACCGCUUUCCAGCCAUUUUUUGUCAGUCUCACGCUACCUUACUCUGUCAUCCGAGGGGAGAUGUUUGUCCUCAGAGCCACUGUCUUCAACUACCUCUCCAAAUGCAUUGUGGUAAAUAUUUACAGAUGAGCUUAAUUUCAUUUCAAGAAUAUUAGGUUGUAGGAUCAGUAUUAUUUCUGGAAAUUUUUACUGUUUUACGGGUUAUGCUUAAUAAAACAGCAUGUGUUUCUUUGUGCAGGUGAAAGUCAAACUGGCUGACUCAGACCAGUAUACCUACAAAGAGUGUGCUGACUGUCAGUAUGAAGUGUGUUUGUGUAGUGAAGAAAGCAAGACCUUUACAUGGACCGUGACUCCAACAGCCUUAGGUAAUGGUUCUUUCAGACAUCUUGCGAUGCAUACUUAGACACAUCAUUAGUGACUUAACCCAGGGUCCUUCGGAUAUUGUGGGUCUUUCAAAAUCAUACACCCUCACCUGGGCGACCCAGCCAGGGUUGAUCGAGCCCCGACUUGUGUCUAAGUAGCUUUAGUAGUCCACGGUUCACCCCGAUUGAUCAACAGCCAUCUUGAUGCCCUCUCUGUGGCAUCUGAGAUGGCCUUGAUGGCUCUCCUGCUGUGCAGCCCUCUCAUUCCAAGCCUCUUCAGUGCCCUACAGAGAGACUGGCCCGCCUCAAUGGGGUCACACCAGGUCUUCCUACCAGCACUCGCUUUCCAGCUCCUCAUAUUUGGCCCUCUUCCUUUCAAAGGCCUCCUCCAUCCGGUCUUUCCAAGGAACAGUCAACUCCAACAUUACCACCUGUCUGGAUGUCUCUGACACCAGCACUAUGUCUGGCCUGAGUGAGGUCUCAGCGAUACUUAAAAACUAAAUAAAUAGCAAUAAAUAAUGCAGAAACUUUAAAACUUUUAACAUGAUAUAACCUUUUUAAGCUAACUAUUGAGUAUCAAAUGACUUGUCAUACUGAAUACCUUCUGACAUGUAACAGGUACACUCUGCCUUUCUUGUUCUUCCAUUCUCAGUACGCUCGCCGAGUCCCCUCUACCAUUUUCUCAUCAUUGUGUAAAUGUUAUUGAGGAAAAAUUUGGUUGCACACUUUAAUGUUGGAAAGCUGAGGAUGUUGGACAUAAGGGAUGCUUGUUGUGUAUUAAGGUGAUGCUAAGUCCACUUUCAAAGUGUCCACCAGGGCAAGGUCUUUGAGAUUUGAUAGAUAGUACCUGAACAGCAAAGGUGGAUAGACGAAAAAGAUGCUGAAAGCUUUUACAUGUACUCCAUCAUAGCCUUGAUUUCUUGGCCUGACAAGGACUGCAACUGCCCCUCUGUGGAUAAGGUCCUUGGGAGAGUGUCCGUGGCAUGGUCACAGGGUAGAUGAGGUAGAGGACCCUUGGCACUGACCUCCUAGGGAUCACAGUAGCAGGGAGUGGCUCUGGAAAGGUGGGCUGGAGGUGGACAAGGGCAAAAACCAUGUAAGACUCAAAGCCUUUAAGACUUAAGGGGGUUUCACAACAACGUUGUUUGGUACCGAGAACCAAGAUUGAUAGGUGUGAAAUUUCCCCUGGACCUUGGUUCGGACCAAACUGGACCACAGUCUGGUUCAUACCCAGUGUGAAAGUAUUAUUUUGAAAGGUCCAGGCCUUCGUACUAAAGACAGGAAUUGAUGCGAGAAGUAGAACUGUCCGUUGUUAUGUUGACUAGAGAUUAUCCAAGAACAGGAAAUUUUAUAACACUGUAGAUUAAGUUAUACCUCACUAUUGACAUCUUAUCUUUUUAAGAGUUUUACUACACAUACUUUCUUUCCUGAACCCAUGCUACAAAGGGUUGCAGGAUUGCAUACUUUCUUCCCCUUUCCUGUUGACCGUGAUAAAGCUGUUGUCUAAUGAUAAAAUUCACACUCAUGUACAGCUCUUCAAGUUGUCGCUGUUGGAAGUAGAAAAUCAACAACAAUAUGAUGGGGGAAAUGACCAUUCAACAUUCAAGACCUGUAUUAUUUCAUGUGUUGACAUCAGAUGCUGCUGCCCAAAUGACCAAUCUAUGUAAACUACAAAGACACGCAAAGCAUGUAGCCGAUGACGAUAUCACACAGGUUCGUCUGUUAGUCCGUUUGCAAUAAUGACAGUGUAAAACGAGAGACCUUAGUCCAGAGAGAUGUCAUGUAAUGCCCCUGUAAAUGAUCUUCUUGAAAUGAUGAAAAGACUACGUCUUUCUGCAAGAAUGACAUAGAAAAACUAUGAUUUAAAACACUUACCAGUUUAAAUAAUAACUUUAUGUCCAUUGUGCAGCAAUGAGCAGAAUAUUGCACAUGGAAGGGAGAGUGCAAAAGUUUACAUUGCAAAAACAAAAACUUGUGUUGGAAAAACUCUGCUUUAUUACACUCAAUCCAGCUCGUAUCAGUCAGUGUCACACAAAAGUUGUCUUAACACCAUCUCAACCCCCCCACCACAGCACUGCUGUGCCUGCCUGAUUUUACUGUUAAUGAUGAUCUUUUGUAAUCCUUCACAUCUUCAUAAUUAAGCCCUGAUGUUGUUUGUUCCAUCCAAUAACAAACACAUGCUCUGAGUGACAAAGAUGAGACAGAAGCAGCUAAUUAAUCUGCAUUAGGGGCACUGACAGCUGUUGUGUUUCCACCGCUGGAAGCUAAGACAGCGGGCUGUGUUUUUGUACUGCUGCCUGGCCCUAAAAGCAGAGCAUUUCUAUCAGCCUCCAUCAGCAUGGAUGGAGACGUGGCUCUGAUGAAUGUCAAAUUGCGCUCAUCUAACUCCCCCUUAGAGGAAUGCUGACAAUCACUUGUACUAACAAGUCAGGUAGUAUCUCUGACGAAACACUCAGAAACCUCUCCCUUGGGGGGUGAUCUGUACUUGUCCUCUGUGUGAAGGAUUGUGGGCUGUGAAGGGAGGAAGAGGAGGGGCUGGGAGAUGGAGCAGUAUAAGGGAUAAUAAGGCAACAAAUAGGGAUUAAUGAGGACGAAGGAGAUAGGAAACAAGGGGUGGAGGGGAAAAGGGAGGAUAAAGUGUCAGAAAGCAGACAGGAAGACAAUGUCUUUGUACACAAACUGACACAGGAGCUGUGAUCAAUACACAGCUUGCAUUCAGAGUAAGACCCUGUAUGUUUGCUUACAGGUUGGAUGGAUUUGAAGGUCAGCGCAGAGGCCCAGAAGAAGGGUCACAAAGAGCUGUGUGGAGAGAAGCCCACAACUGUCCCCAAAAAGGGUCGGAUCGACACGGUGAUCCGCCAGCUGCUGGUUGAGGUCGGUGCACAACACAUCACAUCCUGUGUUUGAAUUCACUUUAGUUUUAAAUCUUAUAUAUCUUUGGUCAAUUAUUUUAAAAUGGUUUUAAUUUAAUUGUUACUUUUUUUGGGUGAAAUUAUAAGCUUGUGUGUUGUAACAGCUGCAGGAUGUCUUGCCUUAGCAGCAGCUUUUCUCAACAUAACAGUAGAGAUUUUAGCAGCCCGAACCCUUAGACUAAUGCAUCUACACUGAUUCUUCAUGUGGUGUUACCCAGCAUAUCACACCUAUCACCCACCCCAAAAAAAUCCCAAAGGAUGCAUGUGCGCCAAGUUCAGUCAUGGCCUAACCUGUAAAAAAAAAAAACUUUUUAUGAUGAUGUAGCAUGCUCACCGAUGGUAAAAUCCACAGGAGUCACAGAUAAAUAUCCAAAUGAGUAUGGGGAAGAUGAUGUAACCUGUUGCUAAUAUCUGAGUCCAGCUGCUUCAGCCAAACAACACCCUCAGACAGUCCAAAACGGUAAUGUGGUGCACAUGCAUCUUGUGUGGUUUUUAGGGUGAGAUUAGCCUCCAGUAGGAGUGUGUGGACACAGAUUUAUCUGCUCUGGACCCAGCUGAGACAAAUGUUACAUAGACAGUGAGAAGAGAUGAGUAAAAAAGGACAAGUGCAUCAGGUGGAAAAUACCUGUGGCACAUAUCCUUCAAGUGAAAACUCUUCACACUGAGUGUACAAUGGGGCUGUCAAAGUGCAACAAUUUUGUGCCAGUGAUGUAAACAAAGAUUGAACACAAAAUGAGUUCAUGUUUUUCUUUUUUUUUUUUUUUACUUUAAUGUCGCCCUCUCUGUCUCUCUACUAGGCUGAAGGAGUGCAACAGAUGGUCAGUCUCAAUGCUCUCCUCUGUCCUGCAGGUGAGCAUUCACAGAUGACCCAAGUGCAGUUUUAUCAGGGGUCCUCAACCACAAACACGCCUUGGCUUGUCUCAAACUAUGUAUCAUCUGAUCAGUAAGAACAGCUUUGCAUUGAGCUGUCCACCUUUGAGGACUCAGUAACGGUUCUUUUCUGUUCUUCUUGGUGUCAAAUAUUUAUUUCUGCUGUUCAUGUUUCCAGAGGGGCCUGUGGAGGAGAAAAUGUCCCUUAAGUUGCCUGAGAAGUUUGUGGAGGGGUCCCCCAAGGCUUCUGUCUCUGUUAUAGGUAAAUGAAAAAGUUUUACCUGUAAAAGCCGCUCAGAAUACAAACCCUGAUAGAGAUUACUAUAGAAAUCUUUCUGCUGCUCCUCCUGCAGGUGACCUGAUGGGCCGGGCUUUAAAGAACAUUGAUAGACUUCUGGCAAUACCAAGUGGCUGUGGAGAGCAGAACAUGUUGAGAUUUGCUCCAAAUGUCUUCGUCUACAAGUACCUGAAGACAACAAACCAGCUGACCACAGAGAUUCAGAACUCAGCAUCAUCUUUCUUGGAGGCAGGUGAGUGGUCUGUCCCCUCUGUGAUGAAAAAAUGAAACAUUAAUGUGUCAUAGCUGAAUCCUCUUUGAAUGUAAAUAUGCAGCCAGUCUGGAUAGUUUCAGGCAAAGUUCGAGCCUACACCUUACUUUGGUUUACACUUGAGUUUGUGUGGUCCACAAAUCAUAAUAGAAGCUUAUUUGCAUUGUCUGACUUUGCAGUAAUCAGGUUAUUAAAGGCUGUUUGCUGUCGUCUGUUUUAUUCUCCUAGUUUGAUGGUUUUUGUUCAUGUUCUCAUUACAGGAUAUCAGAGGGAGCUUCAGUACAAGCAUGAUGACGGUUCCUUCAGCGCCUUUGGAAAGAGGGAUAAGAGUGGGAACACCUGGUUCGUAUUGUUAAAUAAGGGGCACGAGCGGAAUAAGUGGAUACAAACUUUAGUACAGACAAAACACGUCCAUCAACAUUUAGAAACUAGUUAUAAUUUGAGUCAGUAUAGGAAAAUUGCAGUCCUUUUAGAUAUUAAACUAUUAUCCAUCAUUUUUUUUUAUCACUUGGAAAUAUUGAAGAUCAGCUAACAAUGAGGAGUUUACCAAAGCUUGAAAAAAUUAUGCUCCCUGUUAAAACUUAGCAGGAGUGUAAAUAUUGUCUUGUAAUGAUGGUCCAUUUUUGGACUCAUAAGAUAAUUACUCACUUUAUUUGGUAACUUACGAAACAACCAGUUUCAAAAGGUUCAGGUUUGAAGCACAGACCCUGCAAAUGGUAGAGAUUAAAUCAAGAUUUCAAAAGAGCAGCAGCAAUAUUUCCCAAAUUUUAUUCAUCUUAAAGAAACAUUCUGUGAACUUCUGUUUUGAAAAAGUGUUGAGGGCUCUUUUAGACAUUUUCCAGAAACCAUCUACACAUGGCAUGUAACUCCUAAAAAUCCUCUAUAGUCUUGUGAAUUUUAGAAAGUUCAGUGAGAUUUUUAAGCAUCUUAAAAAAUAUUUUUCAUUUAUAAAAGAAGGAGGAGGAAACCAAAAACCACUCGUUGCUUGUAAACUUGAUUAAUACACCUGUCAUUAAAACAUCUUAAAACCACAAAUUAAUAGAAAUAAUUGAUCCAGUAACAACUAUUUAACUCAGGAUAUGGUUUGGUUGCAUCAGUGGUCAAGGAACAUUUCAACACAUUUUAUUUGUAGCUUUUCAGUUUAAGUGGGAACAUUUUCAGCUCAAAUCUCACACUUGAUUUGAUGAGAGAAUAAAAAUGACACGCAGAUGCAGUGGGAGGUGUUUGGCACCAGUGAGUGUCCUAAUAAUUUACUUUGUUCAGGAACCUGCCACAAAAUAUUAAUAUUUGCAUUUAAUGGGCUUAAAGCAGAGUGCCUCAGGGGGGUUUUCUGUUUCAAUGGGAGCUGGGCAGUUUGGCAAGCAAUGAGCACGAGUGGGUGUGUGUUUGUGGCGAGGAGAAAAACUAGGACUUCCAAGUAUUGAGUUAGAUUAGACUUUAAAGAGGAAGCGGGAUUUGGUUGUUUUUUUAAGUGUAUCGAUUCUGAAACAGAGACUUUGGCUAAACAGUGAGCAAAUAUACAGACUGAACUUUUGGGGCAUGCACUGACCAACAGUAGCUGAAAGAAGCAAGUUAAAUGUGACUGCUGUUGGUAAUUAAGAUGUUACCCUUGUACUGGCUUUGGUAUCACUGCUGGGACAGUAGUCUCUGUAGUUUGCUCAUCUCUGUGCCACUACACUUGAGGAAAUCUUGCCUUCUUCAAUCUAGAAGGAUAUAGUCCUAAACUGGCCCAUCAAUAAAGGCUCUUGGGUAUACAGAUACAUCAAGGGGACUUCCUUCAGUUCUGAAACUAAAGCAGCCUUUGUCUGCCCUCCACAGCAACAUUGGGGACAAUACAUCUAUACAUAACCCUGUAUCUCCCACAAAUAUAUUAUAUUGAAAAAGGUCAAUUAUUCGAAUAUAACCCAGAAUGGAGUCUUUUUAGGGUCCCUAUUCCUCAUGCUUUAAAGUCUUGAGUUGCCUUUUCUUUGUUAACUGAACAUUUUUUGAACAACUUAAGAUGAUCCUUGUAAAAUGCUGCUUUGUUGUUGUUCCUUCACCACCUUGUCAUUGCUAAAAAAAAAAUAUAGUCGAACUGCUACACACUGAAAAAAAAUCUGGAGGCUAUCUUAGCAUAAAACACCCUGAAAAUCAAAACAAAUGAAAUAAUAUCUCAGCACUUAAGUGCACCUACACAACGAUGUAGCCGGUGUUUGGAUGCUUCACACGGGCAAUUAUUUAUUUAUUUAAAAAACUAAGACUAUGAAGAUGAAUAAACAUUAAACAUAAAUUCAAAAAAUAGGAGAAAAAAAAUGUAUCUCAACAUCUAUGUUAUAUUAAAUAUUUGAAUACAUAUUUAAACUGUAGAUACAAAGAUACAUAUAGAUAGACAUUGUAUCAAUGCUUUUGUUAAUAAGUGUGUUAACCCUUCAGGCUGACUGCUUUUGUAAUGAAGUCCUUUGGAAUGGCACGUCCAUUCAUAAUGGUGGAAGACAGACACAUCGACAAUGCUAGAAAUUGGCUGUCUGGCCUGCAGCAACCUGAUGGCUGCAUCCAAUCUGUGGGGAAACUCUUCCACAAUGCCAUGAAGGUAAUGAUGGUUUUUCUCAAUGAUUCAGCUCCCUUUACUUAAAAACACAUGACUUAAACAUUAAGUGAAAAUGCGGAAUUACAUCAGUCAUGUAGCAUUCUCAUCCUCUUAGCAUAGAUUAGCAUAUCACCCAGAGCAAACUGAGUGACAAGAUAUUCUUCCUCGUCUGUCGUGUAACUCAUCAUGGCAUUAAUUUCUAAUGAAAAUAUCAUCAAACAUUUGUGUCAUUAUUGAGUUUGAUCAUCUGUUUUAUGUUAGGGAGGAGUAAAGGAUGAAGUGACUCUUACAGCCUAUGUAACCGCUGCUAUGCUGGAGCUGGAAGUCAUGGUCACGGUGGGUCUGGCAUUUCUGUGCUCCUUCUCAGACCACUAUGUUCAGCUCAGACUUAAAUCACUACAGUUUAUGUGUGGCAAACUCAUUGGAUCAUUUCUGUUUUGAAAUCAUCCCUAAAAUUCUAUCAAAUAAUUCUGUCCUUUUGCAUGUUUCCUCACAUGUUGUAUCUUUAUGUGACAUUUUAGGACCCUGUGGUGCAGAAGUGUCUGGGCUGUCUUAAGACUGCAUUAGCUGGUAACGUGGACAACAUGUACACCACUGCCCUGCUGUCCUACACCUUCACCCUGGCAGGAGAUGAAGAGAUGAGGCUGCAACUUCUUCAUGAGCUGCACUCCAAGUCCACUUUAGAGGGUGAGGAAUCGUAUGUGAUAUCUGUGUACAGUCAUUCAAGAUCAUAAAUAUGUAGAGAAAACUGAACAAGGAAAACUACUGAGGAAUGAGCCAGUUGUUCUACUAAGAAUCAUAGGUUUUUCUAGUGUAUACAGACCAAGUAGGAGAACCUAUGACAAGAUACAACUUUUAAAAUACCAAAUGUGUUGGAUUUUCAAAUAAGAAGGCAAACAUAAAUCUAAAAAUUAGCUGAGCAUAUUAGAAGGGUUAACAAAAGGUUUGGUGUAGUGUACUGGGCUACUUGGUGGAAACUCAUUAUUUGCUGAUGUUAAAAGUGUGGCACUUACAUGUUGUAGUCCAUCAUUUUUAAAAUCAUCAUUUUGUUUUGCAAGAACAAAAUUGAUCUAAAAAAAAAAACAAGCUAGGAGAAGUCUGAAGGUUGAAUAAUGAGGGCUGAUUUGUGUGAUGUUUUCUUUGACUAACAGGCCUUUUUUGCUCUGUCUUGCAGGAGGCAACCGUCACUGGGUCCGACCUGGGGCUUCCAAGAGCCGCCUGGACUCUCUGGAGGUAGAGAUGACCUCCUACGUGCUGCUGGCUCUGCUCUCUGGUCCGAUUUUGCCAGACUUUAACUUAGGGUACGCUUCCAGCAUUGUACGCUGGCUUGCAGGGCAGCAGAAUGCCUUCGGCGGCUUCUCCUCCACACAGGUACGACAGACUCCACAGAUUACUAUUACAAGAACCCCCUCCCACUGAGUAUUUGUAGACACAUUUCCCUCCCUGCUCCCCAGGACACAGUGGUGGCCCUUCAGGCUCUUGCUAUGUAUGCUGCUGCCACCUACAGUGAAGAGGGCAAAACAACGGUGACAGUGACGACACCGGGCGCCAACGACAUAGUGUUCACGGUAGAUCAGAGCAACAGGCUGCUGUACCAGGAGGAGAGGCUGAGCAAGGUGCCUGGAAAGUAUACCGUGAAGGCUACGGGGAAGAGCUGUGUACUCGCACAGGUACAAUCAACAGAAGGGCAAGUCAUAAAAGACAAUAAAAAGAUGAACAAAUGAUGAGUUUGUGAUAGGGUUGUGAAAAAUAUAGACAUUAGUCAGGGCUAAAAGGAUUUUACUUUAUUAAUUUGGAAUUUGUGGUCAAGUAAGAAUGUGAAUUAAAGAAUUCUGUUUUGACUUUUUGUGCACAAUAAGGUAAAAAAAAUAUAUAUUUUUUUGAAAUUUGCCUUUGCUCUCCUAGAUCUCAAUGACUUACAACAUCCUACCUCCAGAUGACUUUGCCACCUUCAACAUCUCUGUCACUACUUCUGCCAUGUGCGACAUCCCCGAACCAAAGCUCACCCUCUUUGCUCAAGUCAGGUACAGUGUCCUUGUAUGUCUGAGUGUUCAUCGAUGCAAAUGUCAUUUAUAAUGAGGUCAGACUAGUAGGCUAGGCGAGGCAACAUCUGUUAAUGCCAGCGGCAGUUAGACCAGGUAGCUAAAAUGCAUCUGCUACUGCUUCACAACAUUCCUCUUUUUUCAUUUUUUUUUUUUUUUUGGUACUUUUUGAUACUGGAACUCUGCAAGCAGCUAUGUGAGGAGUAAAAUAACAUUUGUGCCGUAUUACCAAAAGCUUGGCACCUGCAAAGAUGCAUUCCUCAGUUUUCAUCAUGUCAUAAUGUAUACUGUGUUUCUGCAACUGUAUGACUGUCUGUGCGCAGCUACUGGGGUGAAAGAGAAGAGACCAACAUGGUGAUCCUUGACAUCAAACUGCUUUCUGGAUAUUCUUUGGAUCAGGACUCGCAUCAGCUGGUUAGUUCUUCCUCAGCUGCUCAGCUGCACAGCACUUACUCCAUCAGAUUUAGAGUUGUUCAGAUUGUACUCAUUCACAUGUUAUUGAAAUGUUUAACUGAUAGUAAUCUCUGCUCUUUGCUUUUGCAGCUUCAUGAAGAAGACACAGUGAAGCAUGUGGAGAACAAGGACGGACACAUCAUCUUGUAUUUAGAUGGGGUAUGCAAAACUGGCAGUUUUGAAUGAUGGUGAAAUAGAGCUUAUAUGUCAGGACACCUCAGCAAUAAAAAUGAGCAGACCCAUAUUGUACUCUUUAUUUGAUUAUUUAGAAGAACUCCAAACUUGGACAAACACUUGGCUAAGACAACGUCUUAUAUGGUAAAAGUAAAAACAGAAAAGAAAGACUCGAAAGAACACCUUUUCUUUAUCACACUCAAAUUUAUUUAGGGGAUAAGUGGUGGUACCCAACCCUGCGAGGUUCAUCAUUUAUUCAAGUAGCACCUCUUUAUUGUCAUGUGAGUAAUAAAAAAUAGAUGGGGUGACAUUUCAUUGUUUUUGUUUGUGUCACAGAUCCCGCGGGAAGAGGCAGUGCUCUACGGUGUCACACUAAAGAGAGAUGCAGAAAUAAGUGUCCAGAACCUGAAACCAGCUGUGGUCAGGGUAUAUGAUUAUUACCAGAUAGGUAAGGCUUCACCCAGAUCAGAAUACUGUAUGUAUCCCCAGGGGAGAAUUGGGUCAUUACAGCAUUACGCUUGCUCUUGAAAAAACAAAAAUGAAUGGAAGGAAAAUAGAAAUAGGAAUGAAUUAGUAUAAAUAAGAAACUGCAACAAUUAAUAAAAAGUGCACAAUAUUAGAAAUAAAGCUAUUUACAAAGUGCAGAGCGUUUAAGUGAGUAGGAAGAGUAGGAAAUGUUUACAAAAACAGUUUGAGGUGUAGGAUAUUGCACAGAGUAUUGUAUGAUACUGUAUAUUGUUUGAUUGUAUUGCAGCUGCUAGUAGCACCAUCUCUUUGCACCUCUGUGCAGCUUUUUAUUUUAUUUUGACUGCCUUUUCAAUCCAGACACUCUUAAGUGAUGUAACACAAAUGCAGUCAACUCUUAGCAGGUGGUUUAAUAUCUGUAUGAAUUAAGUGUUUUGCAGAGUGGCUCAUUUGCAUAUAAAGGGGCUAGCAUAGUGGCUCAUGUAAGGGAAAGUAUACAGCACCGAUGCAAGGCUUUGCAGUGCGGUCUGUAGAGCAUUUCAAGCCUCCUAUGAUGCUUUGUGAAUUUGCUCAUGUCUUGUUGGCUCAUUUGCAUGAGUUUUGUGGGUGCAAAAGCAGCAUAAUCCUGGCCUGUGAAUCAGGCUGUAAGUUUUUUGUGUCUAAUGCAUUUUCUCUUGCGUGAUAUUUUCUUCCCUUUAUUUCCCUUUAACUCGAGGUAAAUGAAAAAUACUUGCGGUAGUGACUGGGGAAGUACACAUGGUAAUAUUUCAAUGGCAUAGUUCUCUCUUCAUUCACUGCAGUGUAUAUAAUGUGUUUUUUGUCUUCAGGUGAUGAAGCGGCCACAGAGUACACAUCCCCCUGCAAAUAGAGUAAGUAACAUUUCAAUACUGGAUCUACUGCCUGUCAUUUAAGCGUGUACCAUAAAGGUAUAGAAUAAAGUUUUUCAGAGAAAUCAAUACUGUGACUCUUUUUAAUACCAGGGCAUGUACGAGCAUCUCAACUUCGGCAGUCAACAUAAAAUUUUGCUCAUGUUUACUCGUGAUUUUUUGUGGACUCGCAGUCAAUAAAGGGCUUCGCUACAUCUUGCAUAGAGAUCCGGGGUUUUCCUUUACUGUCAUCUAGUGAGGUUUCUGUUUAUGUCACAGAAUUAAUGUCAAAGCAAAACAAAAUUUAGAAAAUCUCUGAAUAGAGCUGUGUAUUAUAACCUAAGUCACCUAACUGUGCCAGCUGUAUUUCAAAGUACAUGUUUAUGGAUUCACGAAUGUCCAUGUGUUUUCACAGGUGCAGGCUUUAAUGGUGUAUAAACAAGAUACAGCUGGAAAUCCUGCUGGAAAAACAAUGAGCUUCUCAUCAGUGCAAGAACCACUCUGUCAAAGACAGAAACUUCUAGACACUUUUACACUUCUUUGAGCUUUUGUUUCUUUCAAAGUAAUGUUUAAUUCAACUUCACCCCUCUACUUCUGUGGUUAUGGGAACUUUUGUUUUGAGGGGAGUUUCUGCUGUUGAUUGUUGUCACUCCUAUCCUCUUCCAUGUAGUUAGUGAUGAACUAAAAAUCAGUCCACUCUCUGUUACUCCUGCUGUUUCUCUUUUCAACACUGGAACCUUCACAAUAAAACCUGCAGAGCUUAAGAAAAGAAGUUGAGUCAUUUGUGUGUCACUCAUAUUACUUUAUAUAGAGUUGACUAAACCGUAUUAGGCAUAUGUGAAUGCAAUGCAUAAGCCUCUCAGGUUGCCAAUGAAACAGUACGGUCAGGAAUUGAUUGUGAGAAUGUGUGUGUGAAAGUGAAAUUACUAAGUCUUAUGCAAGAGCUGGGUGAGUUUUCAAUCAUUGUAAUGAAAGAUACAUUAUACAUCUCCACCAACUAACUCGUAAAGGACAAUAACGUUACCAAGAUGAAACAGAGCAAAUACAAACUCACAUACAAAUACACAGUUUCUUCAUUUAGAUACCCUCAUUACUGGAUAUUUUGUUCCCUUUUUUAAGCAUAAAUAGCAUUAAUGUACACAUAACCAAAAUUGACAGCUUUGCAGGUAUUGGACAAAAGCAGCCAAGAGGACACAAAGUUAUUGACACUGUACUCCACAGAUACCAGGUGAUAGUGUGACAAAAAUGUUCUGCAAACUAAUGCAUAUCGGUCCCUAGCAACAACUUUAUUCUUUCACAUUAAACAUGAUGGCUAAAAAAUUCGGGCCUCAAAGGAGCACUCAAAGAACCAUUUAAAUCAGUAAAUGUUUAUCUGUGCAAUAAUUGUAAAUAUUGCAGCUGUUUGGCUACACAAGGCUAACUUUAACAUGACUGAAAAUGCUGUGUCACUGCAAUGUUUUUUAUGAGUAACUACCCCAAUAACCCAGGCAUGCAGUUCGAAAAAUUUAAUCCACAGGACAAGAGAACAUGAUUCCAACAUGUUAAAAUACUUUAUCAGACAAAGGUAAUUAAAUGAGUGGCAGACUAAAUAAUGAAUAAACAGUGGUAUGGGCCCUGCACAAAGGAAAACAAGGACAGGGGUGAGGCUUACUAAUGACAGCAGUAACAAAAAAGGGGAAGGAUCCAAAAACUGCACAACACCCGUGAAAGAGCAAACUAAACAUGAAGAAAAGGACCAUCACCAGGGAACUGUUGCUGCUCCGAGGCCCCCAGCACCUGUCAAACAAAAGGAGAAAACACAAUUAAAAACAUGCAGUCAUGGUAGACCUCAUAUCACUACAAGGAAAAUAUAAAAGACACCCACCUCAAACCAAAUAAACCAGACAUUAAACACCAAACAUCAAAAUAAGAGAAAAUGAUUUAUAACAAUAAAACAAUAAUAGCCAACAGACCGACUCAAUAAUAAUUCAAAGAAAGAAAUAAAAGAGAGAGAAAUAAACUAAACAAAUUAACUAAUAAGUGUCUGCACUAAUUCGACACCAGAGCUAGGGAACAGCUGGCCUAUUGUCCAGGGAAGAGUCAGGACACAAAGAGUCAGAAAGAGUUAGUCCUGUAUAAAAGGUAAUAACAAGCGGCUCAACGAAGAGCCACCUACAAGGAGUAGCCCACAAAGAGCCAAGACAGCAGCAGUAGCUUGGAAACUGUAGGAUUGGCACAUCAGGCAGAAACUGGAGGAAAGCUCACAGCCCAGGAACCGCUAUUGAGGGCUGCUGGAAACGCACUGCACCCACACCUACUUCAGAAGACAGCCCAGCUCCCAGUAACACCACACUGCUUGAUGACCAAUCUGUGUUGCACAGGUACACCAGAUACCACCACAUACACCUUUUGGCUUCGUGAAUGAGGAAGAAGAAGAAAGAGGGAGAGGCAGAGACCAACAAGGUAAAUUGACUGUUGACCACCCAGUACUGAGCAGCCACACUGACCUGUAUGGUUGACUUUUUUAGUCAAUAAAACCAACUUUAAUCAAUACAUGCUUUUAACAUGCCUGUAUAUUUCUUUAGUGGAUGGGUCAAUAAGGGGAUAAUGUAAGUGUAGCUGUUUGUUAUGCAAAAUAGAAUUCUUAUAAGGGGAGAAAAGACUUUUCGUCUCAACCCAUACACUUCUGCAGGCAAUUCACACCAACUCACCUGACCAGGAAGUUGAAGACUAUGGGAGGAAGCCAGCAUACCUGAGAGAGAGAACCCAUUCACACACAGGAAAGACAUACACACUCCACACUGAAGGCCCCAGCUGAGAUAUGAAUCAGUCAUUUUCUUGCCACGUGGAGACAGCAAUGCACCAACAUAUGGCCUCAGAAAUUCUUAAGGCUAUAUUAUUUACGGUUCGUAAAGAAAUAAUAUUAGGUGAAUACAUUUGCAAUCAAGAUAUAGAAGACUUAAAUAUUGUGUGUCAAAAACUGGUACAGCUGGGGUCUAGCUACCUAUGAGAUGGCACUUACACAAUCUGAGAAGUAGCACAGAGGUGGAUGCGAAGGGGGAGGGAGAUGUACAAUAAGAAAAGUUUCCUGUAACCUGACAGGUCUUGAAGAUAAAUUCAUCUUACCUGCAGCCACACCAUGUUAGAUGACAAAAUUUUUUACUCCAGACUAAAAUGAACAGUCACGCAAGCCGCUUCUUUUUACAAACUGUCCAAGAUUCAACUUAAGAAUAAAAGCAUUGUGUGAAAACAAAAACAAAUUGGGCUUUAAACAUCUUACACAGAGUACACACAGUCUGUACAGCCUUUGGCUUAUAACUUUUAUGUGUAUUUGGCAGCUCACUGAAAAAUGUGAUGAGAUGUGCUGCUCAGGCACAUACACACACACACAUGCAUGCAUGCACGCACAUAAACACAAAUAUACGCACACAAACAUUGCAUUGUACAUUAUUUAGACCAAUAUGGGAGUCAUAUGGCCUACCUGACUGCUCAGCGCUAGCUCAUUUAGCACUUCCCUAAGCUCUCUGUUUGUCCCUGACCUUUAACAGUUUAUUAAAAUUUGGAUUCCAAUAAAAUCUUGUUAAACAAAAGAUAUCAUCCUCCAAGUCAAGAGGACCAAGUGUGGCCCUGAAGCCUUAGUUGUGCUUUGAACAUCUAAUUCACUUCAAAUGACUUUUGGCCUCAUAUAUGAACUUUCUGGAAAGACCAGCUGACCUGCAGAAGGAGCUUUUAGCCACCAACAAUUAUUUCAUUACACGUGAACUGAAGCGUUAAUUCAUAUAUCUUUGUAGGGGCUCGGACUGAACAAUCAGCUGUUAUAAAGGAUUCGUAAUGCAGAGAUGAGGAGCCAAAUUUAAUGACCCCCUCCCUGAGUUUUAGACAGAACACAUCCAACAGCUUGCUGUUGCUUUAACAUCUGAUGCCCUACCCUAAAUGAAAACACAAACAACAUGUCCACACGCCUUGAAGAAGCAUGAGAAAGUGCUGCAGUGCCAGAGAGCCUGUUGUUUACAUUUCCGUGAUUAUGGAUUUAUUGACGUCAAACAAUGAGCACACUGCUGUUUGCUUAGACAGGGCAGCACCUUUGUAAAGUUGUUUUCUCUUAGUAAAUAGAUUUUUGUGAUUAAAAUGAUAAAGUUGUUUGCAUAAAUGUCAUCUGCCUCCUUGCUGGGUGAAGCCUCUGCGAGAACAGCACCCCCUGGUGACUGGUUGCAGUAUAGGGCAUAAACCCCACUUUCUCAUCAUAUACUAGGGUGACCAUAUUCUGACUUCCUAAAAAAAAGGACAUGACUACACGUGGGCGGAAUAACAGAGUCACACAAAGUUAAUUUUGAGAGUCUUCCGUGUCGGAUCGAAUGUCUUUUACUUGCUUCUAACUCAGUAAGUCCACAUGACACAAACUUGAAACUUACGUACAGAACUGCGGACAUUUGAAGGAUUUUAUAAACUUCCCUGAACAAAGCCGGACAAGGCCGGACAUCUCCCAAAAAAGAGGACAUGUCUAGGUAAAAGAGGACAUAUGGUCAUCCUACAUAUACUGCAUACAGUCUAUGGCAAUGACACAUAGAUCUUUUACAGGAUAGAACAAUUUAUCUUUCUAAAAGCUAGUUAACUAAUGUUGACAGGGUCUGUAGCCAGACUUUGAUAUCAAUCAAUCAAUCUUAUCUAAUUUUCCUUUAGGGAUCAAUAAAGUUCUUUUUCUUCUUCUUCUUCUAAUUUACAUAGACCAUCAGAUCAUUCCCUAUUUACAAAGACCUGGUGUACAGAUAGGAAACGAUUGAGCCCCAUCUUGUAAGGUUAGACCCACCCCCACCCCGAGGUGUAGCACUUUGCAGCAAUAAGAAAGCGAGUUACAGUGAAGAGGGAAAACUUCCUUUAACAGGCAGAAACCUCGAGCAGAACCAGACUCAUGUUAGACAGUUAUCUGCUGAGACUGAGCUGGUUAAAUGAGACGAUCACAUCUGGUCACAUACCUUUAAUUAGACAAACAUCUGAUUCAUUUUCAGCCCAAAUGGUUUCAGGCACUCUGAGAGGAGUGCUGCUGUUCAGGUAUCAGAGAUAUUUACCUCAGAUUCUAUAUUCUAUAUAAACCUUCUACUCAUAAUCUUGGUGAAUUAAUUCACUAUUUGCCGAUCUAUUCAAAGGAAAUUGCAAGUACAUAAGUAAGCCUCUUCAUCCUGGAAUUCAAUUGAGGCUCGUAAAAAUGAAGGUAGGACCACAGGUAUAACAGUCUCAUCCUUGUGGGUCAAAAAAGACUGUCAUCUAGUUUUAAAGCAGACAUUUUUGUUCUUAAUUUACUUUUAAUCAUAUUUCUUCCUCUAGAAUGACUCAGACAUUUUACAAGUAACACAGCCAUAGUUUUUUUAAUAUAAGCUGUUUAACUACUAGGUAAAUGGUUUAUGAGCUGGUUUAUACAUCUCUAGGUUUCACCUGUGGAGGGCAGGUGAUAGUGUUUAUUAAUAAAUGUUCCCACUUUUGUCCUACCAUGUGUUUAGUAGGAGUUACCCAAUUACCUGGUUUGUGUGAAUUGUUUUAACAUUUGCCUUUUCAUUUAUGACCAAACACUGUGUAAGUGAUAAUUAACACAAAAGUAAUUAAGUUUCUUGUGUCAUCACAGAUGAAUUCUUGCUGAUGGAAAAACCCUAAAUCCUGCCAGGGAGUACCUUCCUGAAGUUGAACAUCCGUGUGAACAUCCAGGUUUUGGUAAUCUGUCCCAUGACUUCUCUUGGAUGACAACCUGGAAAGCAAAGAGACACUCGCUAGCGGCCCGACAUAAGCUUUGGCAAAGGCCACAUCCUCAGAGACACUGAAAGAAACAAAAACAAAUCUUAAAGAUAAAAAUCGGAAAUUCUUGAGUGAUGUACUUCAUUUUGGAGAUGAUUACACUGUAGUAGUCACAUUAAUACAAAACCCAUUAGUAUUAUACAGCCUCAGUUUUGAUGAUCUAUCCAUUCACCAAGGGGCCGGGGCCUUUCUCAGCUGUCACUGGAUGACCGUAUGGGAAGAGAGGAGACGCUCUUUUGUUGUCAGAAAUCAACUCUGGGAGCAGAUGGAUGAAUCAAUCGAAGAUUUACUUAUUGCUGGUUUACCAUGGCUGAACACAAUUGGGUCAUGUACACACAUACAAACAUUCAAGACUGAGACUGAUUCACAGCAACAAAACGCCUGCAACAGCUAUCCAGAGGAACCUACGGCAUGAUGGAGCACAGGGACUCCCAGAGAAAACUGAGCUCUUGAAGGGAUAUUCCAGCAUAAAAUUAAUUUAGGGUCAAACACACGCAAACACAGAGUUAGACACCUCGUCGAGAGAUGAAUGUUGCCGACUGUUUGCUUCUCUAGCUAUACCAACUUUAGUAACGACCGCAGACAGCGGUCUCAGGAGCCACACACAAACCUCAACCGAAACGCCCCUGUAUAGCCACAAAUAAUGCUAAUAAGGAGGAAGCCUGAGUGCCAGAGGAGACCUGAACCCACUCCAACCAUAAUCUUUCUCUAAAAGGAAUAUUUUAAGCUUAUUCCUAAAGAUAGAAAUGGUGUCUGCCCCCUCUCACCACCACCACCACUACCACCACCAAAGGUAGAUGAUUUCAGAGAAGAGAGCCUGAUAACUGAACGCUCUACCACCCAAACCACUUAGGGUACGAUGAGCAGGCCUGCAUGUUGGGAACCACAAUGAUCUAGCGAGGUAAUAGGGAACUAUGAGCUUCUUACUUUGGCAUACUGACAGAUAUAUUUUGUUACCUUAAUUAUAGAACCUAAGCUUACUACAGAUGUAUACAGAACUUGAAUUACUUUUUCUAUGCAUUAUAAAUCAAACUACAAUAGAGGAUAUGUAAAUACUUCAUAUAGAAGACAAAAAGCAUAAAAAAUCUGAAAGGUUUAAUAUGAAGUGAUUAAAUAUCAUUCUACCAUUGGGUAAGAGAUCCAGUACACCCUGGACAGGUCGCCUGUCAAUCACAGCUGACACAAGCAGCCUUUCACUCACACAGUCACAUCCCAACAUAUGGGUGAUUAAAAGCAACCAGUUAACUUGAUGUGCAUGUUUUUGGACAAGGAGGAAGCCUGAGUGCCAGAGGAGAAACUAUGCAUGCACAAGAAACUCCAUUCAAACUUGCCUGUGAGGUAACAGGGCAGCUUAUACAGAGGUGAGACUGAUCUAGUUGAUCUGGAAAGUGUAGAGUCAUAAAGAGGAAAGAGUAUCCACUUUAGUUUGUAUUAUAACCAGCUAAAGACUCACAGGAGGUGCAAGUGAGGCCCACUGACUUCUCACAGGCAUCAAAGGACCAUCCUGGAUCUGCACAUACAGAUUACCUUCAUUUCAACCGGGAGAGACAAGUUGAUGAAACAAAGAUAAAUAAUUAUUUUACAGAGAUGAUGAAGUGUUGAAAUACUGUCAGAGUCUCUUUGGGGCGUAAACUCUACAGGCUGAUAGAAGUUGAUAGAAGUGUCGAGGUCUUGAGCUGCAGCUGGAUCCUUCCCAAACACUGGUGGUGAAGGUGUUGGCUGAUGAUGUCGUGUGAGGCUGAGGAAGCUGAUGGAGCUGUAGACACGUGGACACGUGGAACAGUAGCAUGAAUGAACUGGAAAAAAUGCAAAAGCAUACUUAAGAAGACAGCAACAAUGUGAUAGGCCAACGGUGAGGAUGUGUUGUGUUGCAUUGCUAUUGGAUAGAUAUGACCAGGUGAUGAACUGCCCACUCAGCAUGUCUAAACCAAAGGAUAGUUCCUGCUUUUUCACUGUCCUCCUGCUCUUCACCUCCUCACAUGAUGUGAUGUGGACCUCUCUCACAUCCUGCAGAAACUGUGCCCUGGCAUUAGGCAGGGCUGUGUUGAUCAACUUUAGGGUGUGUCCCUUGGUUAAAGGAGGUGUCUGCCACUGUCAAACAAACUUGGGGUGGUGGUGGAAUGGCUCCAAGAGGUGGGGUGGUAAAGUUUGGAGGGUAUAAACAGCAGCCAGUACCACUGCAUCCUCCAAGAGUCUAUCUCUGACUUUGAGCUGCUGCAGGCUGGAAGUGCAACUUCCUCCAGUGCAGUCCACCCUGCUCAACUUCUGCACUGCUUCUCUGCAGACAUGGCGCUUGCGAUACAUUUGUUCAUCGUCAUAUUUGCUGCAGCAGCACUCCUGCCAACUCCUACAUCAGCCCAUGAUACUCAUGACAUGUAAGUAGAACAAGAUCUAUCAAAGAGACUGACUGAUUUCAUGUUGUCUACAAAAGUUUUGUGUUAGUACACAACUAUGUUACACACAUAGUUGUGUGUGUAACUCCACAUGAAACUCUCGACUUGUUAAUGUGACAAACUGACACAUGGAAUGGUGUCUGCAAAGGUUUUGUUUGGGCAUCAUGCAGGUGGGUGGCAGCCAGCAGGUGCAGAAACACACACUGAGUGCAAAGUUUGAAAUUGUGUCAUAUUGAUGUUUUUUUGCAGGUUGCCUGGCCCUCUUUUUGUCAAGAUCCAACAGGAUUUAGAAAGCAUAGCUAGAGCUUGAGUUUUUUUAUUUCAUAUGUGUGGCCAAUAAUUCUGUUAUAAUGAAAAAUGGAAAAUAAAGUGCACAUAGAAAUGUUUUCAAAUUAUUCAAUGCAUUUGAUUACAGUUUUCAGUUUACCUACUUGCACUGUGUAUCUGCUGAUACAAAAAGCACAUGGUGCACCCCUGGCCUAGCAGUCUACAUAUGUGUCUUCAUGUUUGGAGGUUUUUCCUCAAGCUGCUGGCCCAGGUUUACUUCCAGUCCACAGUUCCUCACUUUGCUCUGUUCUCUGUCUUGCUCUCUCCCAGUCAAGGCAACAACCACAAAAGUGCCCAUAGAGUCUGUAUUUUAGGAACACUGCUGAUAUGUUCACAAACUGAAGCAAUCUCUUAAUUUAGCACUUUGGGGAUUUUAUUUAUCCUUGUAAAAUAAAUCAGUGCUGUACAAUGAACAGAGGGGUAUUUCUCACCAGCUUUCAGUAUGCUUGGUGAAAGCUAGGAGAUGUGCAGCUUUCUUUUACGGGUUUCUUUUGAGUUGCAUUCCCUGGCCUGUAUAUAACAGGUAACACUGUCAUUCAUAUUAGAUAAACUGCAUCUCUGGUAAAGAAAAAUUUUUUUUGAGAUUCAGAAAGAUAUUUGAAAAAAUCAUUACCACAAACAAAACCAAAAAAAAAUCCAAAGCUCUCUGAAAAUGGUCAUUUUUGCACACUUUCUACCCAAACCUGUUACAUAUCCUCCCUCAAUUUGACUACCCGUACACGUUUUUUGUUUGUUUUUGUUUGUUUGUUUAAUGCAGCAAGUUUGCCGUAACGGUGAGCUCCCGGCUGACAGGAGGGGAUAUGGAAUCCCUGUGUGUGCAACUCCCUCGCCCCUCGGAGCGAGUCUGUGUGACUGUCCAGCUAGAAAUGCCAUCUGGAAACCAGAAAAAUAUCAUCCUGGAGAGGGCAGUCAAACGAGAUUUUUUCCGCUGCUUCAAAUUCAAGGUCUGCAUUAUUUGAAGAUGAAAUGUCAUUAGGGAUAUAAGAAACAGGAUAAGAUAAUAAACCUGAACAGUGGUAUACUCAGGCUGUUUGUGAACCUGCUAUAUGCCAUGGGCCAGUAGUGCACUAAAGUUGUGGUUAGCAAAAUCUGCUUCCCAGAGCAUUUUUAACACAAUUUUGAAAGCUCUCCUGUUUUCCCUUUACACACAGUGAGGCAGAGUUAGGUACUAGGAAGGGGUGGAUGCACUCUGGUUAAUAUUCAUACUACUGGUUGUAGAGGAAAUUUCAUCGUUUCUAAGAAAAAACAAAGUUCUUCAUGAAUUAGGCUUGAUUUAAGAAAAAAUAUUGCAUGAGGAAUAUACUAUGAUAAAAUAAUAACACCUGUUAUAUGACACAUGGUCACUUAAAAAUAAAUAGUGUAGUGCAACACACCCAUAUGAUUUAUUACUGCUUUGUUGAUUGAUAACAUUAAUCAGUCAACAGAUGGGUGUGUAAUCCAAAAGGGAAUUCAGUUUAUAUCUUUAGUCACAGUAGAGGCACCCAGAGGGAAUUUUACAUUUGUAUUUAAUGAUAAGCAUCCAAAAGGAAGGUGUUUAAAUCUUGCCACCUAAAAAAAGGGACUUUGUUUACAUUUUAUUCACUGCAGGGGACAUCCAGAGGGUACUUUCAUUUCAUUUUAUCAGCUAAAUAGACAUCAAGAGGGUACUUGGUUUACAUUUUAUCACAAGACAGGCAUCUAGACAGCACUUUGUUCACAUCUUUAACCAUCGAAGGGGGAUCUACGGGGCAUUUUUAAAAUAAUUUUGCUUUAUGUGAAAUAAUUUCAUUUUAUUUAAAUAAUUUACAACCAAAGAGCUUCCAGGAGGGCUUUCCCAGGUCAAUUUCUCCAUCCUAAUCUUAUUAACCCCUCUACAAAUGCUGUUUGAUUUUACACAAUUCCUGUUCAAACUGAUAAAAUAAUAACACAAAACAGUGGUUUCAGAUAACACUUGCUUUUCAAAGCCAAAGAGUCUAAAGUGGUUACCUUUUACCCCUUAAUGCAGGCCUGUUGAGGUUUAAAGCCAUGUUCCUCUGUCAGAUGUGUGUUUACUGGUAUUGCAGGUUCCCAAAGUGAGCGCCAGAACAGUGGCAAACAUAAGUGUCAUUAUUGAGGGUGAGGAUGACUCAUUGGAAAUCAUCAAGAAAGGCAAAGUCCUUAUUGUUCCUGCUUCUUUCAUCCACAUCGUCCGGAGUGAUAAAAUCAUCUACAAACCUGGACAGAAUGGUGAGUUUUUAACACUGUUGUAUUAUGACCUAGCAUCCAUUAGGGAGACAUUAAGUUGUUAAAUGUAUCACAUGGCAGAUGGUGAAACGUAAGCAUCACCAUGAUGCUGAGGCAAAAUUUGCCUUAAUUCAGCAAAAAAAGUGCUCCUCAGUGAUUAUAGGCAGUGAUUGUGUGCGCUUGGCUAAAACAAUAACAUUCUUCUUGAAAUAAUACCCAUAAUUCUUCUUGUUCAUAUGUCUCUUAUUAAUAUUAAAUGCUACUUUGGGGAUCUUAACCAUCUUAAUCUCAGUUAUUUAAUUCAAAUAAUUUAUGAAACAGUUUGUAUUUAUUUUCUUUUGUAUGAAAAGGUUGAUACACAUUAUUUAUAGCUGGCAGUCACGAUAAGGACUAUAGCCUCAAAUUCAAGGAAAAAAUGUCAAAAGACAGUUUUUAAUGACUUAGUGCUGCAAAAUUAAAGACAACAAUUAAAGGAUCAACUGAUUGAUCAACUCUGUAUGUAUAUCUGUGUGUCAAACUUGGAAGAUGAAUAGAUUAAUUUGUUGUUUAUUUCUCUUCUUUCACUUAAAGUUAUGUUUCGAAUAGUCUCGAUGGAUACAAAUUUCAUCCCUGUAAAGCGAGAGGUAUGUAAAAUUCACGAUUGCCUUUAAAAUCUUGUGACAUGAAUUGAUGUGCACACAUACAAUGAACUUGUAGUCUGGUGUGGUUUCAUACCAAGCAGUCAGCGGAUCUGAGGAUUGAGGUUUAUUUUGGUUCCAAGAGUAGGAGGUGAAAGUAGAGCUGUUGGUUAAUUUUGAAGACGGUGUAGGUGUGAAACACUGUGUGUAGUGGCGUGAUACAGGAACUGUCAGAGUUUACCUGGCAAACACUGUGUGUUGACUUAAACACUUGAAUCAAAACAAGCUGAGGCCCUUUCCUGUUUGUGUUGAGAGGUUGAUUCGGUCAUGAAUUUCAGUAUUUAAGUCCUUCAGCUGGCAAACAGUUUUUUAAUGUGUGCCAAGUUAUAGGAUAAGCUGUUGUUCCAACAAAUACGAGUAUCUCUCACAACUUAAUGUCACUUAUAGCUGCUGAUUUCAACACUUCAAAUAAAAUUACAAAAGACUUUAAGGAUGCACAAUUUUAUCGGCAUGAUAUCAGUAUUGGGAUAAAAAUAGCUCAAAAAUUGAUAACUGGAUUUUGCAGAAGACUGUUCACUAUGACAAAAGGUGUGUGUAUAAGUGUAUCAAUGUCGGGAUUAGCCAAAUGGGUUUGGAAUCGAUUAUCUGCAAAUAUCCAUUAUUGUUGUUUGCUGUAAUGGUGUGGUUUUGAUCUAAGGUUUCCCCUGAUAGUAUGAAAAAUGUUUAUUUAUUCUGUCAAAUCUUGACAUAUUGAAUAUCGAUGUGUAAUGAUGUAUUAUGUAAAAAAUAUUAGCCAUAGUUUCUAGUUACUACUGACCUUGUCGGUGUCUGAUGUGUAGAAAACAGAUGCAUUGGUGUGGGUAUUGUGUUGAUCCUGUAAGUCCUUAAUAUACUUUUAUGUGAUUUUCUUCUGUUCUUCUCUUUUUCAGUACAAAGUCGUGGAGCUCCUGGUAAGAUUUGAUGAAAGAGAUUCUGAGAGUCGUGUGCUGUUGUUGACUAAGUGUUAAAAUUGCUGUUGUUUUCUGGAGUUUCCAAAGUCUUUAAGUGGUUACUGAAUGAACACCAGUUUAGCACCCAGAACUGCCGACUACAGACACCUCUCUGAUACAUGCUAAAUACAUGUAAUUAUUGCUUAUCGCUAGCCUCAGACAUUCUCUGAAGAGGCACUACCUUCAGGUUGUUCAGUGACUGGAAAACUGGAAAAUCGUGUAAAAAGUAACACCCACAAGCCAACUGUAGUUUGGGGGGGGGGGGGGCUUUAUGUACGAGAUUUACUAAAACUCUGAUGUAAGAAUUAUAGACGAAUUAUAAAUGAAGCGUUUCAGAUGGAGGCUGAAAUAAUGACAUUUUAAUAAAGUACAGUUAAAAAUUUGAGUGUUAUAAAAUCUGAAAAUCCUGUUAAGCUCUAAAAGAGUGAUCAGAAAGAAAUUAUAGAGUCUCAAAAAAAAAUUUGUGAUACCCCUUCUCCUUUGAUACUCCUGCUAACGUAAAGCAUCUUGGGCAGAUGCUGAAUAAUGCUGAAAUGAGGGUUUUGAUCAGUGGCGAUUGCUCUAAGACUGCAAGGGAAGCUCGGCUUCCCUUAAAAUGUCACCCCCCAAAAAAAAGAAAAAGUGGUGAAAUACGUACUGCUGUGUGUACAUUUCAUUAACUAAAUACGCACUAGAAAGCCUUCAUCUUUUGUUCAGACACUGUGAUAAGAAGCUGAUAAUUAUAGGUAACCGGCAUAACUUCGUUCUCAUUCAUCCUCGCAGCGCCUCAGCGCUUUAAACAGCCGGACGCUGGGCUUCUGCUGACUUCAAUGUGGAAGCUAAAAGUGGGUUGUUCCAGCAGCGAAACUAGACGCUCAUUGGAUAAAUGCUGGGCUUUGUCCCGCCCAAUGGAAGCUAAGCUUCACUGGAGUUCUAUGGCGAGAGGGCGGUCCCGACUUUCUCCCGGACUGCAAGCUUCUGCAUCCAUGAUUGGAUGAGCUGUCUGAGGCGAAAUCCUUUUUUGAUUGACAGCUAAACAAGCGAAUCAGCGAUCUUGAAGAAUAAAACAUCUACCAGAGCAUUUUCCAAGUCAUUCAUUCCAUUGUUCUUAACUGCUCCGGAGACUUUACCGAUCCUCAGCGACUUUUGUCGUUGUUAAAAACGACUGCCGUUGUGUUUGGCGACUCUGUUCUGUUACAUACUAAUAAACAAAUACAAUUAUGAUGUAGGCCAGAAAAAUGAGCUUCCCCUCAUUGAAAGACCAGCAGCCGCCACUGGUUUUGAUGUAUGAUGGCAUCAGAUGAAUAUAUAUAAUGUGUCAGUCAACUGUAAAUCUGGUCCUUCCUUCAUGGAUGUCAGUUACUACUGUUGAACAGACAGCCAUCAUCUUUAAUUUCAACCUUCAGUGCUUCUGUUUUCUGUUCAGGAUCCCAACUUUAAUCGAAUCGCCCAGUGGCAUGACAGGUACAUUGAUGGUGGCAUCCUUGACCUUAGCCACCAGCUGAUUCCUGAGGCAGAGGAAGGAACCUACAGGAUUUUAGCCAGCACAAACAAAGAGGAAGAAAUAAAUCACGAAUUCAAAGUGGAGAAAUUUGGUAACAGUUGUCAAUCAAUAAACCUGUGGUGAUGUUUUUUUUUUUUUAAUGUGUGUGUACAUUUUCUGCUGUAAUAAUUCCCCCUUUUUUGCCCUAGUUUUGCCAAAGUAUGAGAUCAAACUUCACCUGCCCAGCGUGUUCACUGUCUUUGAUAAAGAAAUAACACUCAAGAUUUGUGGAAAGUGAGUGAACAAACAGGGUCAAAAAUAUAUGGGUCAAAACAGCAUUUACUGGGGUCCUCUGAGAGAAUACAACACUGCUGUCUGAUUCUAGCUUUAUUGAUUACCAUUGCUGUAUUUAUUGUCAGUGAGAAGAUAUUUUAAAAAAAGUGUCCUUGUGUGUCGUACAGGUACACCUACGGGAAACCAGUUAAUGGUUCAGUCCAAGCCGUGCUCUGCAGGAGAGGUUAUCGGUAUAGGUAUUACUGGUACUACAGCCAAAGUACAAUUUGCCAGACUUAUAAUUUGCAAGUGAGUAUUAAAUCUAAAUUUAACGUGACUCUGGAGAAAAACCUUUUUCUUUUAACUAUUCCUAUUGUCUUUCAUUAAUUGACUCUUGUGAAUAUCCUCCAGACAGACGGUGGUUGUGCCUCGCAAACUGUAAACACAUCAGCAUUUCUCUCCUCCAACUAUGUCAUCCGUUACUUUGAGGUUACUGCUGAAAUGAAGGAGUUUGGCACAGGUGGGCUUACUUUUGGACAAAGCUCAUUAAGAAUCAGCAAUACUCCCAAAACUGAGCUGUAAUCUGUGUGUUUACCACCAUCUAGGGGUCAUCCUGAAAGAAAGUGGACGAAUCAAUGUCAGAAACAUCAUGAGAAGAGUCACCUUUGUGGAUGUGCCUGUGGCGUACAAGCACGGCCUCCCUCUUGAGGGAAAGGUGAUCAGUCUCAUAAAUAUUUAGGGCGUUUGGAGGGCUGAUAUUCUGUCAUAGAAGGAUGGAAGGGUUUGUUAAAUGGGAGUACACACAGCUUAUCUUGUUAUCUUGUCAGAAAGACACCCACAAGGUGUGUUUUUUUUCUCAAUUUUCAUUGAACGGCCAUCAGUUGUGACUUUCUUUUUAAAUGUAUCUACUUGAAUGGGCACUUGGAGUCAUCUGUCCCUUUUGUGGCAUGCUAAAGCAGUUUCAAUAGAGCGCCCUUUCUGACAUUUAGUCCUAUGUCAAAAGACUUCUUUCUGGAUUGUUUUCAGAUCAAACUGACAGGUCCAGAUGGUAGCCCUGUCCCUGGUGGAGAGGUGUACCUGACUGCCCCUCACUCACCACGUGUAACACUCACAACAGACCCAAGAGGGAUGGCUAAAUUCUCUCUGGACACAAGUCCCUUUAAGAACAGAAUCUAUCUGAGGGUUUGUAAUGGCUCUUUAGAGACUUUUCAGUUUGUCUUUAUGAUUUAUUGAUUUGCCAGAGUUAGUUGCAAAUCAAUAAGGUUAAGUGCUAGAUCUUGAUAAGUUCAGGUAUGGAGCCAGAUCAGGCUCAAAAGUAUUGAAAAAGUAGUGUAAGUGAAAAAAUAAAAAGUGAAGUGAAAAAAUAAGAUUUGAACCUGAAAAAAAUAAAAUGGUACCUGAAAGUCUUGAAUUUCGAAAUUGAACUUUGAAAAAUCCCAGAAUGCAUGAAAAAAAUCUGUUCAAAUGUAACUUUGAUUCUGUUUUUUAAUACUUUUGAAUAAAUUACUUAUUUCUAUUUUUCACUUCAAUGUAUAUUUCGAUCUUUGAGUACUUUUUUUUUUUCGAUUGACUUUUAUUUAUUUAUUUCAGAUUCAGAUCUUAUUUUUACGGAUUCAAAACUUUUUUUUCGGUUUCAGAUUUUUUUUUUUCAGUUUCAGAUUUUUUUUUUUUCAGAUUCAACUUGAAAAGUUUCAGGUUGACUUUUGAGCCUGUUUUUCCGUAGGGGCGGGCCUCGACUGAGAGGGGCGCGGUCUGCCAUGAGUGACAGGCCUCCCCCUCCUUCCCCACCCCAUCACCCUGCGUUCAGGAAGUGGCAUGAAUACACAUUAGCUUAGCCUACAAUUAGGCUGUAUUGGCUGAAUGAGAUCGUGUUGGUUCGUUCCACUUUAGUGGUGCAAUAUAAACUGCGAUUCAUUAAAAAGCUCUAUUGAUAGUAAUUACUAAAAAAAAUAUAUCUACUCAUGUCAUCCUGUCGAUUUUUAGUAAUCAGUGUUUCGGUGUCGAACUAUUUCCCCUCUGCGGCGUAGUGAUACUUGCACACGCGCAAUCGAAUAUGCAGGGGGUGAAGCGAUUUUUGUCACGUGGACCAAUAGGAGCCGAGUCUCGUUGCCAUAGCAUCAGAAAUACACAAACAUGGCGACGACCGCAUCUCGCAGCGAGACAAGCGAAGAGGAAGAAAAGAAAAGGAACAAAAGAAAACAGCCUUCAAAAGUGCAUAAAAAGGAGCGAAACGAUGCUAUAUGCAUCUAUCAUCUGUCCAGAGUGAACACGUUCUCGACUUUACAAGGACACGUCGGGAAACUUACAGAACUAGUAUUAGAAAGUGGCUUUCUCUACAGGGUGAGACAAAGGACCUUGCAGAAACUUUGCGUUGAUAUCGACUUUGACAAUGUUCCUGAUGACACUGGGUUUCACAUAACAUGCUACAAGCGAUUUAUUUGCAAAAGGGGGUUGAGAAACAAGAACGUGAUGCAGCCGCGGGUCAGUCAAACCCUUAACGCAGCAUCGCCGAUGCAUCCACGUCCACGGCAUCUGAAACUCCGCGAAAGAAACUUCGCUCGAGGUUUUAGGCUGUAUUGGGACAAAGGAAAAAGUGCCUAGAAGGUGAAUUUCGUUCAAAUACGCUGGUGCUACUUGUUCAAUGCAUUUUUGCAUAGACAAUACCAUUCAUCCAUACUAUCCGCGACUGCAUCACGUUAUUGUUUCUCAAACCCCUUUUGCAAAUAAAUCGCUUGUAGCAUGUUAUGUGAAACCCAGUGUCAUCAUAUUCGAUUGCGUGUGUGCAAGUAUCACUACGCCGCAGAGGGGAAAUAGUUCGACACCGAAGCACUGAUUACUAAAAAUCGACAGGAUGACAUGAGUAGAUAUAUUUUUUUAGUACUUACUAUCAAUAGAGCUUUUUAAUGAAUCGCAGUUUAUAUUGCACCACUAAAGUGGAACGAAUCAACACGAUCUCAUUCAGCCAAUGCAGCCUAAUUGUAGGCUAAGCUAAUGUGUAUUCAUGCCACUUCCUGAACGCAGGGUGAUGGGGUGGGGAAGGAGGAGGAGGCCUGUCACCCCUCUCAGUCGAGGCCCGCCCCCACGGAAAAACAGGCUCAAAAGUCAACCUGAAACUUUUCAAGUUGAAUCUGAAAAAAAAAAAUCUGAAACCGAAAAAAAAGUUUUGAAUCCGUAAAAAUAAGAUCUGAAUCUGAAAUAAAUAAAUAAAAUUCAAUCGAAAAAAAAAAGUACUCAAAGAUCGAAAUAUACAUUGAAGUGAAAAAUAGAAAUAAGUAAUUUAUUCAAAAGUAUUAAAAAACAGAAUCAAAGUUACAUUUGAACAGAUUUUUUUCAUGCAUUCUGGGAUUUUUAAAAGUUCAAUUUCGAAAUUCAAGACUUUCAGGUACCAUUUUAUUUUUUUCAGGUUCAAAUCUUAUUUUUUCACUUCACUUUUUAUUUUUUCACUUACACUACUUUUUCAAUACUUUUGAGCCUGAUCUGGCUCCAUAUUCAGGUUCUCCAGUAAUGACUUGUUAUAUCUACAGGCUGAGCCAAAAGGGGUUUCUGGAACUUACCCAUCUGUGCCAUACCCCAUGCAACCAAGAUCCCAGUCAACAAGUAAGACAGUCCUAGAAUUUUAUUCCAAGAGCAAGAGCUUUGUGAAACUCAUGCAGGUCGACGACAAGAUCUCCUGUGAUACUGGUGCGACUCUACAUGCUCAGUACAUCAUCCAAGGGAAGGAGCUAAUGCCAAGCCAGGACAGCCUCAAUUUCUUUUACCUGGUAAGAGUCACAGAAAUCGCCACCAUGAGGCAAUGAGCUGAUCGCUGUCUGUACUUAAAGAAACAUGAGUGAUCAUCCGAGGGAAUAUCAGUAAACUGAGUCUCUAAAAUUUCUUUUUGUGAAUACAAGAAGGACUUCAUGGAUCAUGCUCUUGUUGUGACCGUCUUCUGGUGACGCCACACUCAGGGCAGGGAGCUUAAAUAUGAACAACAUGUCUUAUUAAUCGAGGAGUAAUGAAGUGACCACUGUUUGUCAGAUUAUCCAGAUUUACAACCUGAAAAAAGGCAACAGGACAUACAAACAUGAUUUGAGUUUCCCACUCUGAGUGUGACAUCGCUGAAGGAAAGGCACCUUGGGACUAUCGUGUCAUUAAUAUGCGUCAUAUGUGAAAGGACUCUCUACUGUGUAAUAUUUCCUUUAAGGUGACAUCCAGAGGAGAAUUUAGGCUGCAGGGCACCAUCACGGAGACUGUUAAACAUGGGAUUGGUAAGAAAAAAAUAAAAAUACGUUGUUUACUAUGUUUGGCUUCUACUUUUAUUCGUUUCAAAGUAUUUCUUUUGGAUAAGAGCAGUUCUUUUUAUAUGAUGACAUUUUUCAGAAGGUAUAAACCAUAAAAAACAGUUUAAAGUGUACUUUUGAAAGGUCAAGUAGUUUCCUCAUAUUUUUGAGUUGUGUUUGUGUUCUCUACCUCAGUCAACAGAGGAAGCUUGUCUAUAAGAGUCAGUCCUAAAACAAACGUGGCACCAGUCAUCCAGGUGGCUGUGUACACUGUGUUGGAUAGUGGAGAGGUCGUAUCAGACAGCAUGGAUUUUCCCACUCAGCUCUGCUUGAAAAACAAGGUACCAAGGACUUAUCACCACAUAACUAUACUUUUUGGGUCUGGCUCUUUUUUAAGUAAGCCCGAUAUACAGUAGUAUGUGAUGUGAAGCAGUUUGUUCCACAUUCAGUUGUGUAGAAUACUUGGGGUCUGACAUCUUUCCACCAACACUAAAAUGACCUUUAUGUCUCCUGUGCAGGUGUCUCUGAAGUUCUCCUCCACUCAGCAGCUUCCUGCAUCUCAGACCACGCUCCAUCUCAAGGCUGAGCCAGGCUCCCUGUGCUCCCUUAGAGCCAUCGAUCUGAGCGUCCUGCUGCUGGAGCAACAGCAGGAUCUCACUGUGGACUAUGUAGGACCUUAAUCAUUUGCUUUGUUGUAGGAAAUAUCACAUACCUCAAAAACGUUGGUUCCAUUUUUAUAUAAUUGAAAUAAUUCCAAGGAUCUUGCUGUGCAACAACAUAAAAGAAAACUUUUUUUGUCAGGGUGAACCAGAAUUUAAAGACAGGAGUAGUAGUUUUGUUUUAAUCUCAAUGGACUCUGAUUGCUGCUCUACUGAACAGUCCCAAAGACCCUCAUAUCUGUGAGUCAUUUAGACCUUGAAAUAUCUGGAACCAGAGGCUGGGGUUAUGAACUCUGAAUUUCCUAACAAAGAAGGACCUGACACUAAGUUUUGCAGACUUUUGCAGUUUUUAGAGGACAUUUAAUUUCUGUUCCACAAAAACAACAGCAGACAUGAUGACAGACAACAAGAGACAGUGUUUUUCAUAGAUUUAGUCACAUUUGUAAAUGGAUGUCGGCCACACUAACCAGACUCCAUGUGCUCUGGCUGAAUGUGUGCUGACGUUUUCUGAAGUUUUCUUUUUAACUUUUCCAUCUUUGUCUCAUCUUCAACAAAUAGACCUCUCACCCUUGUCCUUACUAGCAUUCAUCCGUUACAAAAAAAACAUAAUUUUUUUUUUUAAUUUUCUGGCGUGCACAAAUCUGUUUAUCCACCCAGUCUCAUCUGCUGCUUAUAUCUAACAUUGUUUUGUGAUGUGUAUAAUAUAAUUCCAUCAGUGUACCUUCUCCUUAACUGGUGAGUGGCAUAUAUUAAUUAUGUGCAUGUGUGUGAUUUUGUACAGAUGUACGAACAGCUGCCGGUGCAGAAACUCAGAGGAUACAGCUAUGACACUGAGGACAAUGAGCCGUACCCCUGUUGGCCUGAUGGCGAUCCACCAUUGCCAAUAGCUUCCCUUGGCUUAUCCUAUCGUCCCCAUUACUAUGAAAGGAAUGACGCUUAUAGCACCUUUAAAGUAAAAAUUUGUGUUUUUGACUUACUUUUGAAUUUUCAUCUUCAGUAGCUUUAUGAACAAUAUGAAGUCUGGGUUUUUAUCUAUUACUCAACUCAACUCAACUCAACUCAACUUUAUUUGUUAAGCACUUUAAAACAACCACAGCUGAACAAAGUGCUGUACAAAACAUUUCAUCUCUAAAGAUUUACAUUUCUUUACUCCCUCUAUAUUGGAUUAUUUCUGCACUCCUCUCCCUCUAUGUCUAUGUUGGGAUUUAUGUUUCACCCUACAUAAGACUUAUUUCUCCCUGUUGUCUUUUAAGGCUACAUAUUGAUUAAGUUAAUACUAUGAAUCAUAAAUUGAGAAGAUUCAGCGUUAACUUUCAUUUUAUCACAAAACACAAGCCCCUUCAAAAUGAAAGACAGUUUCAUUUAUUAUAGAAAAGGAAGAGAAAUCUAAAGCCAUAUGUUACGGCCAUUUAUGUUUAUUUACUUUGGGCCCUUUUUCUACAUAUUUGCAUUGUUUGUGUGACUGUAAUGAGCAAGCCAUUUAUUAUAUCCGACUUUUUGUCUGUGUCCUCAAGGAAAUUGGAGUCAAGAUAGUGACUAACAUGAGGGUGAAAAAACCUCGAGAAUGCGAAGUGAUCCUGCCAACUGUUUAUCCUCCUUGGUUUCACGGCACUGAUAAUGGUUUGUUUUUUCUUUCUUUCUUUCCUUUUUUUUUUUUUUUUUUUUUUUGUUUUGUUUUGGAAGCUCUGCUGACUUUUUUCUGUGAUAUCAACCAUCUAACAAAAAAAUGUUGCUUAUACUGUGAUGAAGAAAAACAGAGCAGUGCUGCCGACAGUAACUUAAAGCUCCUGUGAGGAACUUUUAGUUUGUGUUGACUUUGGCAGCCCUGUGGACAAAGCUGCACCCCUUCUGUCUCUGUUCACUUUUUCUUCUACAUAGACAGGUUCAUUUUUAGAACUCAGUCUCAGCUGGUUUUCUGCUAACAGGCAUACUUACUAUGACUCUUUCAUGGUUUUAUCAAAAAGCACAAAAACUCAUAUAAAUAAACAUAAAUUACUGGCAAAUAAAGCUUUAAAUGUAAGGGGUAAGACUUUAUUUCCUAACUUUGCCACUUUUCAAGUUUCACUGUAUUAACUUGUCAUAAAACUCUGCACAAGGCACCAGAUUUUUCUUUUAUUCAUGCUUGUCUGGAGGUUUUAUUUACAACAUGCAGUCUAAAAGAUUUGAGCUUCACACUACACAAUGACUAAGACUAUAAAGGGUUGGAAAUAAGAAACUUUGGAAAAUGCAGGGAGGUAUCAUACUCUGACAUUGAAGCUUUAAGUUUUGAUAAAUGACAACCAACACAGACUAAUCUGAUCAAAAUCUGGAUUUAUGGAUUGGUUGGACAAUUUAUACAUGUGUAAUCGUGUUUCUUUAUUCUUGCUUUUCUAGACUUUAUUACAAUACCGUUCUCUUCAACCAUUACUACAAGACAGUUCACCUCCACCAUCAGCACAACAACAUCAGCUAUUCGGUUUACCACAUCAGCACUUAGAACGACUACUUUUUCACAGGCUACUAUCUCACAAGCAGGAGCAUCAGGAGUGAAAGUGAAGAAAGAGGUCAUUAGGAACCUCUUUCCUGAAACCUGGAUUUGGGACCUGGUUCCUGUUGGGUAAUGAUUGUCCUUUUUUCGUACACUCUGUGAAAAUGUGUUGAACUUUUUUGUGUCAGUAAGGAAAAUAUUUCAUGUCUUGGUGUGUGCAGAAGUAAGGCAGAAUUUCUCAUUUUGUUUUGUUUUAUUUUAUUUAUUUUUUACUGGGGUGGGUAAGCUAGGGCACUGACUUGGAUAGGGGUGGCCAGGUGGGGGUAAACAUUAGGAUUCUCCCUAAAACAUGGGUAACCUCCACUAAGUACACCCACUUUAGCUUUAAUAUUAAAGAAUCCAAAAAAGUUGUCCUCUUACACCUAAAAUAAGUUUUCCCAAUUAUUUAGAUUUUUUAAUGAAAAUAUUUUUUUCUUGUUCGCAAAAUUUUAUUCGUGUUGGGCAUGUUUUUUCCGAUUCAGGUAUAUAUGUAGCGCUAUCUUAAAGUGUGGAUUUAAUUUAACAACACUGUCAAAACUUUUUGUGAUUCUUGUUCUCCAACAAUUUUUCUCACUGUUCUAACUCGAUCCUGCUGAAUGGGUGAGGAACAAAAAUGUAUUUGAUAAGACAUUUAAUUUUCUAGUUUGACCCCCGCUUGAUCUGAUUACAUGAGGGAGGCGGGUUUAUGAUCUAUACUGAAACUAGCUGGUAGAGGGAGCUGUUAAUCUUUUGGCUUCGCAGUCUGUGAACACUUAUGGUGCCUGUUAUCGUGCACGGUAUGGAGAAAACAGAGCAAACACCCAGUUAUAAACCUGGAGGUAAACACAAUACAUUACAGAUCCUGACUGUGACAACACAGUAGGUCACUAAGUAAACAAAGCCAAGUCCUACUUUUAACUAUACAGAACAAAACAAACUGUUCAGAGCACAUUCAACACUCUUUCAUCAUCCCUACAUCCCUGGCAUAUAACUGAUUUGAGCAUUUUUAUGAAAUCACAAACAGACUUUUACAUCAUAAAAGUCCAUGAACUUUAAAGGGAUAUUCCGGCAUAAAAAUAAUUUAGGGUCAAACACACCAUAACAUCCAGUUAGACAUCCCCUCAAGAGAUAAAUGUUGCCGACUGUUUGCUUCUCUAGUUUUACCAAUUUUAGUAAUGACCACACAAUAGCAAUACACAGUGGUCUAAGGAGCCAUAAACAAACCUCAACGCCACUCUAUAGCCACAAAUAAUGCUCAGAACAGCACCUAACUUCAUCAACAGUAAAUAUAGGGUGCCAGCCACAGCACUAGCCACCAAACAUCUUUUUAACUUUGCCUAAUUUCUUUAGCAAAGAGACUAAACACAACUCACCUACUCUCUUCCAGCAGCUGCCUGUUUGUAGCGUCCCCGGGCCAGUCCAUUACGGACUGCUGUGGGGUGACGCAGCUCAAGGAAGAACAUUUAUGAUCAUUUCUUUAUCAUUUCCUUGAAGUAAUAAUCACCAUAUCAAUCAUUUUGCACUGCAGACUUGGUGGUUCUUCUGCCUUAUUGUCUCGGUCUGAUUGCAUUUCCAUGAAGAAAUGAUCAUAAAUGUUCUUCCUUGAGCUGCGUCCCCCCACUGCAGUUUGUAAUGGACUGGCCUGAGAUCUCACUACAAACACACCGGAAUAUCCCUUUAAGAUUUCUUUUUGAUUAUAUAUGCAUCACUUUUUAUCUUGUUCCUCCUGUAUGUUUGACCAGAAAGGAUGGUUCUGCGGAUGUGGUUAAGACGGUCCCUGAUACCAUCACUAAAUGGGUGGCUGGAGCUUUCUGUGUCUCCUCUGUGGGCUUUGGCGUGUCGCCCAACACCGGACUGACCACCAUCAAGCCAUUUUUUGUCAGUCUCACGCUACCUUACUCCGUCAUCCGAGGGGAAGAAUUUACCCUCAGAGCCACUGUUUUCAACUACCUCUCCAAGUGCAUUGUGGUAAAUAAUAAUAGAUUCAUAGGUGAUGAUUUAAUUAGAAAAGAGUGUGAUAAUGUUGGAUUUUUGAUGGUGUUAUGGGUACAAUUAAGCCUUUCUGUCUGUUAGACUCAGUAUGUGUUUCUUUGUACAGGUAAAAGUCACACUGGCUGACUCAGACCAGUACACCUACAACAAGUGUGUUGGCUGUCAGUACACUGUGUGUCUGUGUGGUGAAGAGAGCGCCACCUUCAGAUGGACUGUAGCUCCAUCUGCCUUAGGUAUCAAAACAAACACACGAGACUAAAUAAUCACUUUACAAUUCAGUGUUGUUAAAAGAUGGAAGAAAGCAUAGUAAAGAGAGGACAGUAGGAGGACUGGAAGGAAGAGAGAAAGGGCACAAGGUCAAAAGAAAGACUGGACAAGGGAUUGACUAAAAGGAGGAGGUGCAAGGGAAAGGGCGAAAGGGUGGACAGAAGACGAAAGAAGGACAAAUGAUAGAAUAAUGGGUGGCAAAAACGGAGGGAAGGAGAAAAAAUGGGAAGAAAAGAAGACAAAGUUGGAACAGUGAGAGAGAAAGAAAUAAGGUCAGUAGAGAGGAGAGAAAAAAGAAUCUGAUGAAAAGAAUUGAGAGAAAAGGGAAAUAAGUAGGGACUGAGAAAAGACAGUCAAGAUAGAAGAAAGGAAGGAAGGAGGGAAUGUUAGAGGCAAAGACAGCAGGACUAAAGGAAGGGAGGACGAAAGGAAAGAAGGCAGGAAGAUAGGACAGAAGGAUGAAAGUAAGAUAGGCACGAGAAAAGGAAAAUAAGAUGACAGCAAGGAUGGCAGGAAGGAAGGAAAGAAGGAGGAAAGUAAGAGUGGCAAGAAGGGAGGAAGGAAGAGAAGAAGUAGAAGGAAGACAGGAAAGAUGGAAGGAAGGGGGCAAGUAUGUAAGGCACGAAAAUAGGAAGGAGGGAAGAUAGAAAGAAAGGAAGGAUGGAUUAUUGAAAUGAAAAAUGAAGUAACUAAAGGAAGGAAGGAUUGGGGUGAAGAAAGAGGCAGAAAGGAAGGGAAGGGUAGAAGUCAGGAAGGUGUGUAGGAAGUGAGGGUAUACCUUGUGCUCAUACGAGGUAACUGGACAUGUUUCUAGAGAGGUUUGUUUUGCACUGAUUUAAAGGGGCUAAUCAUUCCUUAGUUGAUAAGACAUGAGCAGCUCUUGAGCACAAAGAAGCCGUUUGUUGUGUCGAGUUGAUCGUAACCUCUAGUGACAGCGUCUUUGUGCCUCAUUUGCUCAGGUUGAGUAGGUGCAAAAGUCAUGCAACCCUUGUGUGAGUCAAUGACAAACAGACAGAAGCAGCUAAUUAAUCUGCAUUUAGGGAAAUGACAGCUGUUGCAUUUACACCGCUGAAAGCAAAGACUGCAGGCUGUGUUUUUGUACUGCUGCCUGGCCCUGAAAGCAGAGCAUUUCUAUCAGCCUCCAUCAGCAUGGAUGGAGACGUGGCCCUGAUGAAUGUCAAAUUGCGCUCAUCUAACUCCCCCUUAGAGGAAUGCUGACAAUCGCUUAUACUAACAAGUCAGGUAGUAUCUCUGACGAAACACUCAGAAACCUCUCCCUUGGGGGGUGAUCUGUACUUGUCCUCUGUGUGAAGGAUUGUGGGCUGGGAAGAGAGAAAGAGGAGGGGCUGGGAGAUAGCGCGGUAUGAUGGAUAAUAAGGCAACAAAUGGGGAUAAUAGAGGACAAAUGGAACAGGAAGUGAGAGGGGCAAGGCAUGAUGAUUUGUAAAGCAGAUAGAAAGCUGUCACUGCGAUCAAUAUGCAGCCACUUUCACAAUAAGGGUGUUUAACCCUGCAUGUUUGCUGACAGGUCAGGUGGAUUUGAGGGUCAGCGCAGAGGCUCAGACGGACGGCGCUCUGUGCGGAAACAAACCCACAGCUGUCCUCGAAUAUGGCCAAAUUGACACAGUGAUUCGCAAGCUGCUGGUGGAGGUUAGUGACAUUCAAUCACAGCACAAAUAUCAAAGCAAAUAGUCAUGAGGUCCGAGAGAGUUAAUCUAUUUGUCCAAAACUUGGAGAAGCUCCAUUUUAGUUGUUUAUUCAUUGAAAUCAAUUUGACUACUAACAUGCGCUCUCUCUUCACCAGGCUGAAGGAACUCCUCAGACAGUCAGUCACAACGUUCUACUCUGUCCUGCAAGUGAGCAUUUACAGGUGUUAUAUGAACAGUUAUAUUGAUUUCCUUAUUUGGAGCAAAGGGAAAAAUGGCGGGCUCUAUAAAUUCACCUGUUUCUCUGUGUCUUUGUCUCCAGCCAAGACUCUGGAGGAGAAAAUUUCUCUUGAGUUGCCCGAGACCUUUGUGGAGGGAUCACCUAAGGCAUUUGUGUCUGUUGUGGGUAAGUGAAACAGUUUUACCUGUAAAGACUCAACACAGGCACCCAACAGGCCAGUUGAUACUUAUUAAACCUGCUGAGAAUAGAAAUCCUGACAGACAUUAUUGUGGGAACCUUUUGCGGGUUUUUGUCUGCAGGUGAUGUGAUGGGCCGAGCUUUGAGGAACCUCGAGAAGCUUUUGAGGAUGCCGUACGGCUGUGGGGAGCAGAACAUUGCGACACUUGCUCCCAACAUCUUUGUCCUUGACUACCUGAAGAGCUCGCACCAGCUGACUACAGAGAUUCAGAACAGAGGGGAAAGAAACAUGAGGGCAGGUGAGUUGUUUUGGGGUCAUUUGAAAUCAAAUCAAAUCAAACUUUAUAUAUAAAGUGCUUUUCAUAGAAUAGGGUGUAACACAAAGUGCUUUAAGGCCAGUUUAAAAACCAAAAACAAUCCCAGAUCCCCCCCAUACACACACACACACACACACACACACACACACACACACACACACACACACACACACUUGCCUUACCCCACCCAACAAUACAACCGACAGUCAAGUCACGGUCACAUACAGUCUCAUCCAAAGCCACACACACACACACAGACAUGCAGAACACACACCAGCACCUACGCACUCUAAGAUAGUGAACAUGAGGCUGGGUGCAAAUGAACCAGUCAAGAAAGUGCAAUCAGAGGAGCCGUCAGCACCAAGAGCAGAGAGCCGCCCACAGCCACAGGACACCAACACAGGGCCAGUAGAGGGGUGGGGCAGGCACCAACCUACACCAGGAUCCCCGUGACCGGCCCCUGCAACCACAGUAAACCACUGCUCCAGAUGCAGAGGGCUGCCCAGAGGAAACACCAGGGGUCCUAAAAAUGAUUUUAAAACAUGAAAAGUAAAAUAAAAAUUAAAAUAUGAAUAAAACACAGACCAUCUUAGAAACAGAUAACAAUAGUUUUCUGGUGUUUAAUUGCAACAUCAACCUUACAGGCUGGGACACCUUAAUUCACCUAAUAUAAGCACACUGUUGUAAGGUGUAAAAAAAAAAGUAGAGCUGUUUCCUGUUAGUUUGCCAUGCUGCUGUAGUCUCACAAUUUGUUUUUCACAUGUUCUUGGUUCAGGCUAUCAGAGGCAGCUGAGGUACAAGCAUUACGACGGUUCCUACAGCGCCUUUGGACAGACAUCGGGUUCUGGAAAUACCUGGUUAGUAGUCUUUGUCGUCUGAUUGGUUCAAAUAACUUGAUCUUGGGCAUUGAUUUUGAAUAGUAAAGUGAGAGGUUGCCUGCACAUGUGUGACACAAGUUACAUUAAUUAUCAGAGAGCCUAUUUCUUAAGAUUAUGAUAAUGAUAAUGUGGCAAAACUGUUAGUUUCUGUCUGAUAGCACCAUCGAGCUGAGUACAAACUUUAGAAAUUUAUCACACAGAAUACUAAUUUUUCUCCCCCCUGCUUGCAAUGUUGACCUGUAGUUAUUGUAAGACUUGUUUGUGCUCAAGUCUUCUUUUUUUCUAAGCAGCUUUAUUUUUAAAAGUUAUUAGGGGAUUCAUGUUUUCUAUGAUUGACACUUGAUACAGCCUAUGGGCGUACAAAGGUUGCGAAGCUCACCUGGGGGAUAAGCUGUUUGAGUGCGUACAUUGCCACUGCGCAAGUGGUGGAGUGGGUACAAUGCUACUGCACAAUGUUGGUUCCAGGAAAUGGAGAAAAAAUGCAGAAUUACCGAGAGCUUUUUGAUUUCAAAUCCAUAUACUGGUGGAAGGCGGAACCAAGUUGUCCAUAGUAUAUACAGUCUAUGUUAAAAACACAGACCAAAAAACACAGUGAUGCUUCCUCUUCUUCUCUGCUGAUUUGGUCUGAACAGGCAUUUUCCACCCUUUUAACAGAAUCAAAUAUCCACCUACAUGGUAAUAAGCACUUUGUCACAUCUCAAUAUGAUGGCAACAGACAAUAAUGACAAAAUCAUGUUUGAGUAAAACUUAUUUGGCAUACACUUUGAUGCUGUACUCUGUCCCAUGUCCCAUCUGUUUACAUGGAGGAGGCAAGCUUCAUGGACUACACUGCAGCCACUCAGAAAAGGCUCUCAAACCUUCCCUUAUGGGCUGUAAAACUCUGUCAUGGUUGUAUCAUUUACAAGAUUUAUUACUAAAAUUGUAUACCGUUACAAAAAUGGUGUUUGUCAAGAUCUCUGAGGUUUUCUAGUACCCUUAGUAACCCUUUACUGAAAUCACAUUUUCUUCCCGUUUAUAUCUCACAAUAGAGCACUUAUUCUUAACAGAAGACUUUUUUUCUGAGAGGAUUUAUGUACAAAUAAUUUAAACUGAUUUAUUACAUAAUAAUAAUAAUUAUAAUAAUAAUUCAGUGAAGUUUAACAAUUUGAAAUGUUGGCUUGAAAUAAAACUUGAACUGAGGAGGAAGCAAAAACUACUCACUGUCUGUUUACUUAUCUACACACCUGCCACUAACAGUUAAUAUUUAAAGCCUUGUAUAAUGGCACCAAAAAAGAUUGAUAAUAGAAACGUUCAUAUUUGUAAAGCUCAUGCUGUGGUUGCAUCAGCAGCCAGGACACACUUUGAAACAUGUAAUCAAAAGCAUUUCUGUUUCACUGUGGACAUUUCUAUAACUCGAUCUGACGAGAGAAUCGAAAAGGACUCCCGCACUCAUUGUGGGAGUUUUCAUGGCACCAGUGAGCAGUCUAUCAUUUACUUUUUACAGGAACCUACUAGAGAUAUUAAUACUCGCAAUUAACAGACUUAAAGCCGAGUGACUUGGAGGAUUUCUUGUUUAAAGGGUGCUGGGCAGUUUGGCAUGCAUGAGUGUGUGGGUGUGUGUUUGUGGUGAGGAGAAACUAGGCCUAAGUGCUUGAUUGAUUUAAAUUUUCAGCAGGAUAUGGGUUUGGACCGUCAACAACAAUUUAAAUUUCCAAACUGGAAAAAGACUUUCAAUGAAGGAUGGGUAGAUAGAUUUCUUUAAAACCACACUGAUCAACAGCAGUUCACAGAAACAUUGGUCUUGAAUAUGAAGCGAGCUUCACUGCUGACCCUGAAAGAGCAGCUCAUGCUGUCCCCCAAACCAUCUCACAAAGAUGGUGAUUCACCUGAUAUAGUAUCCAAAAGUUCAGUCAGACAACUCUGUGUCAUGCUUAAGGCAAUUUAUUGCAGCAGCAGCAGAACAGGGAAUGUGUUUGUUGUCUAGACCUCAUCCCUCCUUGCAGUUUUUCUUUUACAUGCAGAAAUCAAACAGACAUGUGACAGUUUUGAAACCUCUCAAUGGGAGCCUGCAGGUGGAUGCAGUGGGGGUGGUGGGACUGAAAAUGGCAGCAUAGCACCUACCCAUGGCAGCUGUGGGGAUCGAGGCAGAGCCCAGAAAUCAUGCAGCUUAAAUGUGGAGAACAUGGAGAACAUCAAAUUGGGAGAAAGUUUGUCAAAUGCAAAUCAAGAGUGAAAACAACACAGCCUGAGAUCACUUCCUGAACUAGCUCCCAUGAUGCAUUGCAACAUUUGCUGUGAACACGUCCAUCUGAACAGGGUUCCCAACAUAGUAUAUCUCACCUCUUAUAUGAAUAAGUCAGAAGAUCAUUAUAAGAGUUUAAUAAAUUAUCAUCACUUGAUUGACUCUUUGAAAUGAGUUUUCAACUUAAUAAAACAAUGGACAUGUAACAAAUUGUAUUUUUUAAGCUGAAAAAGCUCAUGUUUUUAAGUCACACUAACUAACCUCCUGAAUCCUUCAUUAGAGUGCAGAAUUAUAAUAAAACAGUUUCUUGGCCUCACCAGUCUUUGCACGCCUUACUGCAUCAGUCUUGUAGAAACACCUCUGUGUGUGUUUGUGUGACCCUCCAGGCUGACUGCUUUUGUCAUGAAGAUCUUCAACGGGGCAAAGAAGUACAUCUAUGUGGACAACAAGCACAUUGAACAAGCCAAGAGUUGGCUGUCCACAAUCCAGGGUCCUGAUGGCUGCAUUAGGUCUGUGGGGAGACUCUUCCACAAUCGCAUGAAGGUAAUGACACCAGAGUGUGAAUACACCAGAUAAGACGGUCUGAUUUCACGUCACCAGCCCUGGUGGUUUACAGGUCUAGAGUCUGAUUUAUGCUUGAGUCAAUUAUACCUUCAAAAACCUAUUUAAGUGUUUGUUUGUUUGUUUGUUUGUUUUUAAACUAAACCAACACCUGUGUCAUUAAAUAUGAUCAACUUCCUUUUCCACCAGGGAGGAGUGAGGGAUGAAGUGACUCUGACAGCCUACGUCACUGCUGCUCUGCUGGAGAUCGAUGACGAUGUCACAGUGAGCUUGACAUUACCCCACAGUGAUACCAUCUCUUUAAGAUAUAGUCACUCCUUAUUCAAAACCAUUUCAGUCUAAUAUAAAGUUCUUCUUUUGCCAAAAUAAGUAUAAUCCCCUUUAUUCUUGCGUCUGUGUGCGAUGUAUUAGGAGGCCGUAGUGCUGAACGGUCUGACCUGUCUGAAGAAUGCAUCGGCUGGUACUGUGGACAACAUAUACACCAAGGCCCUGCUGUUCUACACCUUCACUUUGGCUAAAGAUCAGCAGAUGAGGCUGAAACUUAUGCAGGAGCUGCACUCAAACUCCUUUACAGAUGGUGAGACAAAAAUCUGCAAAAUCUGCAUUUCACAAAAAUCCCUGCAGUUAUAAAACAUCAUGAGGACAGAGAGGAAACACAACAUCUGAGGAAAAAGUAAUGAGGUCCAUCUGCUGGAGAGUGGUUGUUUUUUUCUCAAAGUGUUAUGCUCAGUACAUAAAAAGCAAAAAGCUGCUAACAUUUCCACUCAGGUUGACACUGAUAUUGUCCUCAUUCAGCUCUCCUUUGUGAGUCACUCACAUCUACGGGGUAAAAUCUCAUUACCAGACUUUCAAAACCAUCCUGAGAUAGACACAAAUGUUUUUGCCACAGUGUCAACAGGCAGAGUCUGCACUCUUUUCAUUGUUUGAUUUAUCACCAAUCAGAACUUAGUAUUCAACACAGCCAGGUGACAAACUUUAUUCAUGAUUUGAUUGAAAACAGUGAGGAAGUCUGAAACUGGGACCACAGCUCUUUUAACCAACAUGGUCACUGCUACCUGAGGAACCAAAUCAGCAGAAAGGCAGCAUCACGAAAAGACUUCUCAGACUCAAACCCCAGUUUCUGGACUUGUCAUAACUAUGAGUGACAUCUCUAAAUUAACACAUUUGUUGUAUUGUUUCCUUGUCAUAUCUUCUACUUUAAUGUUUUUGUUUUAUUUUUAUCAUACACUAGUACUUCUUCACCACAUUAUUCUAGUUUAUUCGAAUUUAAAAAAAGUCUCCUUUUCUUUGUUUUACAGGGGGCACUCGUCACUGGGUUGUACCAGGGGCUUCAACAAACCCCUAUUACUUGGACUCUCUAUCAGUUGAAACGACCUCCUAUGUGCUGCUGGCUCUGCUCUCUGGUCCCACUUUGCCCAACUUUCAACUCGACUAUUCCACUAGCAUCGGGCGCUGGCUCAUCAAGCAGCAGAACCCUUAUGGUGGCUUCUCCUCCACACAGGUAAAACAAACAGCAGACACAGAGGCCCUAUAUGAGAUUUAUUUUUACCUCCAUGGAUGUUUUUAAUGACACAUUUCACCCCUCUGCCCGUCAGGAUACCGUGGUGGCUCUCCAGGCUCUCGCUAAGUACAGUGCUGCCAUCUUUAACAAAGAGGGCAUAACUCAAGUGACAGUCAAGUCCAAAAGUGAGACGAUUCAGUUCACAGUGAAUGAGAAGAACAAGCUGCUUUACCAAGAGGAGAAGCUGAGCGAGGUGCCUGGAGAGUACACAGUGAAGGCCAAGGGGAAGGCUUGUGUGUUGGUUCAGGUACAAUCAUGGUCCACAGGAGUCAUAAAAGAUCAAAUAGCCGGAGUUUGAGAAUGUGUGUGGGGAAAUUAGGCUUAUUCUGUUGUUUACAAUUGAUGGAUUUGUUUGUGAAGUACAUACAGUAUGUAAUGUCAAGACAUUUGCAGAGGAUUUCCAUCUGCAAAAAUCUGUCACUCUCAAUUUGAGACAUUUUAAGAACAUUCUGAUGUAUGAAAUCCUGAUUUUUGUUCAGAGUUUGACUCCAAAUUUGCUUUCACUCUCUUUAGCUCUCAAUGACCUAUAACAUCCCUCCUCCUCCUGACUUCUCCUCCUUCAACAUCUCUGUCAGAACUUAUGCUAACUGCCAUCUCAGUAGGCCACAAGUCACCCUCUACGUGCAAGUCAGGUACUGUGUAUGUGUAUAUAUGUGUGUGUAUGCAUAUUGACUUUUUUAUUAUUAACAGCUCUCUGGAAAUUCAUGGGCUUAGUGUUUGCUUAAAGGGAUAUUCCGGCGAAGGCUAAAGCUAAAGCUAAGCUCAAACACACCAUAACACGGAGUUGGACAACCCCUCUAGAGAUGAAUUUUGCAGACCGUUAGCUUCUCUAUACCAAAUUCAGCAACGACCACAUGAUAGCAAUACACAGUGGUCUAAGGUGCCAUAAACAAACCUCAACCAAAACGCCACUCUAUAGCCACAAAUAAUGCUCAGAACAGCACCUAACUUCAUCAACAGUACAUAUAGGGUCCCAGCCAUAGUACUAGCCACCAAACAUAUUUUUAGCUUUGCCUAAUUUCUUCAGAAAAGAGACUAAACACAACUCACCCACUCUCUUCCAGUGGCUGCUUGUUUGUAAGGAGAUCUGACGAGUCGAUCACCGAGUGCAGCUGAGUUCCGCAGUGUAAGGGGGAAAAAAAUUUAUGAUCAUUACUUCAUGAGGAUGCAAUCAUGCCAAGAUGCUAAGGCAGUAGAACUACCACGUCUGCAGUGCACAUACAAGAUACACAAGAACUCUGAUUGUAUUUCCAUGAAGUAAUGAUCGUAAAUUCUCUUCCUUGAGCCGCGAAACUCCGCUGCACUCGGUUAUCGACUCAUCAGGGCUCCCCCACAAACAAGCAGCUGCUGGAGGAGAGUGGGUGAGUUGUGUUUAGUCUUUUUGCUAAAGAAAUCAGGCACAGUUAAAAAGAUGUUUGGUGGUUAGUACUAUGGCUGGGACCCUCUAUGUACUGUUGAUGAAGUUAGGUGCUGUUCUGAGCAUUAUUUGUGGCUGUAGAGUGGCGUUUUGGUUGAGGUUUGCGCAUGGAGACAUAGACCGCUGUGUAUUGCUAUCGUGUGGUUGUUGCUGAAGUUGGUGGAACUAGAGAAGCAAAUGGUCGGCAAAAUUCAUCUUUCAAGGGGGGGUCUAACCUGGUGCCAUGGUGUGUUUGACCACACUGAAAUAUCCCUUUAAAUUCAGUUACAUCAGCAAACAUUGGUAUCGUGUAAUGGUAAAUCAAAAAUGUCUUUUUUUUGGUAGAAUUAAAUAAAAUUAAAAAUCAAAAAUAAAGAUCAUAAACUCACUAAAAUGCUUAUGGAGGUAGAACAUGAAGUGAAAAGUAGACUUAUUUGACUUUUCAUUGUUGCACAUCAUGUUUAGAUCUCCAUGAAAAUAACCCAAAUUUUCAGAAGUGCUUGACUUUCUCUCUCUCUCUCUUUCUGUGUGUGUGUGUGCGUGCAGAUACAACGGCCCAAGAGAUGAGACAAACAUGGUGAUACUUGACAUCAAACUCCCGUCAGGUUACUCUCCGGACGAGGCCUCUCUGCAGCUGGUAAGUUUCUCCACAGCUGUGCAGCAUGAAAAUGUUCUCACAGUUUUAAAUAUAUAUAUAUAUACAUAUAUAUACAUAUAUAUAUAUGUAUAUAUAUGUAUAUAUAUAUAUAAUCUUUGCUCUUGCAGUUGCAGAGGGUUGACCCUGUAAGGCGCGUGGAGGAAGAGAACGGCCACAUCAUCUUGUAUUUAGACGAGGUAGGAAGUGCUGGGAGAGUGUUUGAAGACAGUGUUUAUUAUGUCUCAGCCAGUUUAAGAUAAGUCAUCAAUACAUAUGAAAUAGUUGCAAAAUAGUUACGAGUUCAAGUUACUUCUGUCUACAAGUAACUCAUUAGCCAAGUUAGAUACAUCUUCUGACCUGGAUCGCUUUAGUCUGGAAAGUGGAAGAAUCAAUCCUGUAUGCAGUGAAGAUCAGAGAAGGCGUGGGACAAACGUUAAGGUUCUAAAAAUGUCAGCUGUAAAACUAACAUCGUCUACACAAACUGAACAAACCCCUUUUUUUAAUUCUACAUGUUCAUUCUGAUGUGACACAGUUUAACAUGAUGUAUGUGCUCAGUAAGGGCUGACAUUAAUGAUCAGGUUGGUUGGAACUGAAGAUCCUAGAUGAAUUAAAAAAGGCCAAAAUCUGCUCUUCUUGUUUGAUGUACUCCCUUGUAUUGUGGCAUCAGUAUUUUUCUGAUUAGCUCUCUCACAGCAGCAGACUUGAUUGCUCGUACAGCUAGCCUGUCUUCAGUGUAGUACCUUACAGUCAGACUGUUUGGUCCUGCCUCACUGACAGAGCUGGAGGAGAUUUUUUGAAUUCUGAGGCCUUGUUUUAACUGAGCUUUUUGUUUUUAUUUGUUUUUAUUUAUGUGUGCUGACUUUCUGUGCUUUAUUACUAUUUGUCAAAGCACUUUGUAAACCACUGUUUUUAAAAGUGCUAUAAAAUUCUUCUUCUUCUUCUUCUUCUUCUUCUUCUUCUUCUUAUUAUUAUUAUUUUUAGCAUGUUUAAAUGCCAAAGUGACCCUCCUUUGACCAAAUUAUUUAUUUAUUCCCAUCUGUUUUUACCUUUUAUGAGAAUUGUUGGUAUGUCGGUAGUUAGGAAAAUACCAAACAUAAGCCACACAUACUGCCAGGUUUCUGUCUGAACACAAACCCAGAUCAUUUUUUGGUUUAAGACAAACAGGUAGUCUAUUUUCCACAUCCUUACACCACCCACAUAUUAUAAUAUGGAGUAUAUUGCUGAGAUGGGGAGAUUUAGGGACGCUGAUGCUUUAAACCAGUCAGAAUAUUCCCCCCUGCAUGAGCAGAUGGAUAAAAUUCUUCUGUUUUAUAUUGCAGCUGAAGCAGGGGGUGUCAAAGACUUUCGUUUUGAUACUGGAGCAGGAAGAGUUUAUCAGUAAACUGAAACCAGCUGUGGUCAGAGUCUACGAUUAUUACCAGACAAGUAAGUGACUGUUUGUUCUUCUGAUGCUGUUUCCCUCAUUUUUGUGAUGUUUCAUUCAGAGAAAAAGAAAAGAGCUUUUGAAAGAGACAAAGGGUACCAGAACUGUGUGUGUGUGUAUAUGGGGCUCCUGUUGUACAUUUACAAGUCAUAGUUUAUGAGCUUUUACAAGCUGUAACACAUUUUUAAAAGGCAGUAAAACUUGAUGAUACCACAUCUUUGUAUCUUCUGUGUUUUCGUCUUCAGGUGAUGAGGCAGUCACUGACUACAUCUCCCCUUGUGCGAGUAUGUCACAACCUAACUUUCUGUAUUUUUCAAAUAAGAUCUUUCCUAUAGCCUUUAUUUAGCUUUUACAUCCUACAUACAAAUGAAUCCCAGAGUAAUUUACUCACCAAGUAGAUAAAGUCUUGAGUUUUAGAGUUAUAAUAUAUAAUGCAAAAAAAAAUAAAAAAUACUAUUCAUUUCAGUCUCCCAUCUCUGUUGCAGCAAAUGUUGGAUCAACUAUUAAGUUAUUUAAUAUCUGAAUGCCUUUCCUCUCUAGAUCAGGAAUAAAAGAGGAAUUAAAUCCGGCAGAAAAGUCUGAUGGACCUUCUUUCAGCAGAAAGAAUCACAAGAUUCUUCAUCACUGAAAUACACUCUGCAUGCAUGUAAACUUCUUCAUCACUCUUUUUCUUAUUUUCUCUUCUUUGGGUUGUUUUGCUCCUCUCUCUGUUUUAGUGCAGCUUGGGACUCACCUGCACCUUUCUUGGACAUGGGUGCGUGAUGUCCUCAGCAUCCAGAAGGGAUUCCCUCUGGGUGCUGAACCAGACCGACCACCUUUCCCUCUGUGUUCUCUUCCUUUUCUGACCCCUCAAAGUGUUCGAACCUUUGGUUAA